GUGGGAGGAGCUGCCAUCCUGUGGCGGAGAAACACAACUUUGGAAGGUUUCGGGUGCCUGCGUAAACAUUCCAUUCGAACUCUGCGGCGUUCCGUUCCGUUCCUUCUUUGCUCCUACACGUUUCGGUGAGUCCCUGUUAGUCUGUGUCUCACACGCACGGUAGCACGGUGAGGAUUGCAGUGUGGAGCUCCAGUUGUGGUAGAACUACAACUCCCAUGAUGCUUUUGCAGUAUUUGAAACGGCAAGGCUUCAUGGGAGUUUUAGUUUCGUAACAUACAGGGUAAAAUCUACAUUUUGACCAUCCCUGGAUUACAGGGUGAGUGACAGAUUUGGACAGUUUGCUGUAGCUUAAAGGGAUUGCCAGAUGUUAGACCCUCUACCAUCCCAUGAUAUUAUGGAUUAGAAUAUUCUCGUUAAUCUUAAAAGUGUUAAAUCUGGCAGAGCAUCAUAGGUGUUAUAAUCUUAAAACUGCCUGAGAAAAGUUCCUUUUGGUCAUCCCUGAUGGUCAGUGGUGUUUAGUAAAAUAUUGUAAGACUUCUUUUGGAUAGGAAAAGCCUUUAAUACAUUCUCUAUAGUUUUACCAUUUUUAACCUAUAGAAUGUAAGCUCGUUUGAGCAGGGUCUUCUUCAACCCAUCGUUCUUGUAAGUUUUCUUGUAACUGUCCUAUGUAUAGUUAAAUCCCCCCUCUCAUAAUAUUGUAAAGGGCUAUGGAAUCUGUUGGCGCUAUAUAAAUGGCAAUAAUAAUCAUAACUAUUGGGUUCUAAUCCUAUGGCAGCUGGUGGGGAUUUAGGUGUAACACUGUGGAUGCAGUAUUAGUGAAAGUUUGGUAACUUUAAAGAAAUACUAUAGCGUUCAGAACCGGUGUUUCUAAUGCUUUGGUGUCCCUGCUAGUAUUUAAAGUAGAGCUCCUCCAUUUGCCAUAGAAUUUAUUAAAAAAAUAAAAAAAAAAUAAAGCUCACACUGUUCUCUACGAGGCUUUCCCCCCUCUGACAAUGGUCCUCAUAGAGGAGAAUUGGGGACUUGGUGUAAGUGCGGCAAGUGCAUCCAGGCUUUCCCAUAGAAAAGCAUAAAAUCCAGUGUCGUCUUAUUAGUUAAUGCAUUAUGUUACCAAGUUUUACUCAGUCAGUGCAGUCGCUAGAGGUGGAUUUUACAGGGUUAGUUACAGAGGCUGAAACAAGACAUAUACGUCCAUCAAGUUCUGCCUUUCAGCCUAACCGGAAUAACCAAAUGGUUUCAACCCCAAAGUCUUAAGUUCGGUCCUUGAACUUACUUUUUUUGUCUGAGGCUUCAUAAAGGAAGCUAAGAACACUCUCAGCCUAUCCAUAGCUGACACUGAUAAGCUGAGUGUCAGCUGUUUAGUAACGGUUUAACCACUUAAAUUAAACCAUGCCUGGGAGCACCUUGCAUAUUACAACUUCAUCCCGCUGAAGCUGUUAUGGUGCCUGGAGUGUUCCUUUAAUAUUAAAGCUGCUCUGUUUUUUUUUUUGUUUUUUGUUUUUGCUUUUUUAAUAUACUUUUGUUUCCCUCAAGCCAUACAUACUGAGGUAGAGACAACAGGUUGACAAUCAUUGACAAAGUGUAGAGCUUUAGUCAAGCUCCACAGCCUUUGUGAACUUUGUCAUUGUCCUAGAAUCCUUGUACUCGCCUACCUCCAGUGCCGCAUCAUGUCCUGUAGCAGCUCAUCAUGGAUCUUAGAUGACUCUCACACAAUUGCAAGAGUUAACUGAGGUUAGCUGAAAUGCCAAAGCACAACCAGCUAUGGGCAUAGGGUGCUAUUUCUGGCACCACCAUCUUACAAAUUUGAAGAUGGCUGUGCCUAGAAAGAAGACUUGUAAUCUGUAAGUAAAGCAUUAACGAAAAAUGGUUGGGGGUGAGCAACAGAGGCAAGGAUCCCUCGGCUAAGGAUAUUGUGAUAGAACCGCUUUAAUGUGGUUAAUGGAAAAUUGAAGCACCAUAAGCGCUGGGCUGUGCUUGCAAAAUCACUAAUGCAGUAUCCCAUGUCUGCAUCAGCUCAUUAUCAGUUUAGUACAUACCGUAUUUGGAAAGCAGUGAUAAGCUGAGUGAGUCAGGUUCCUGCUUACAGCAUCACUCUUGAUUUUGCAUAGUUUACAUAGUUCAUUCAAUGUUCAACUCUCUGACAAGAUAUCUAUAAUAUAUCAUUUAUUUAUUUUUUAAUCCAAAUCAGUGAAUGUUUUUGUGGUGACGUCUGCUAUUGACAGUACAGACUAUCCCAUGGGAUACUCAAAGCAAUCUUAUUAAAAACAAUGGGAGAACCAGGAAUUUCUAUCAAAGUAAGAUUCAGAGGUUACUUAUUUACACUGUAUAAAUUUAUUGACCCAAACUGUUUUGCAUACUUAUACCACUUUUUGCCUAGUUUUAUGCAGUUAUUAUUGAUCUAAUUAGUAACAUAAACUUUGACAGUAUGUGUCUUAAACUCUCUCCUUGCAUAUAGAAAAAGUCAACAAAAAAUUAUGUUAUGGAAAGUGACAAACUGGAAUAUCUGCUUAUAUAGCUGUGGGACUAUUUCCAGUCUAUUCACGUCUGCAUUUUCCGUAGAAUUCUAUUUGGUGAGAAAUAGACUGAUGUUUAUAUUCCUGUGCGUUCCAUGCAAAUUAAAUGUCAGAGAGGUGUUGGACAUAGGAUGCAGCAUUGCUGUCAAAUGAUGUUUUAAUUGGGUAAAAGAAUACCAGCGUCAUUAUUUCCCUAGAAGAACAAUAGUUUCCUCCACAAUCUAAAUAGUUUGUCAUGUGAUAGGAAGUUUUGCAGGUUUGCAUAACUCUUCAUUACUCUGUUAUGGUACUCAUACUGUCUUUCGAGACUUUAAGAGUAUUUCACUAAAUACUUAAUUUUAGUAAAUUAAAUCUGAAUUUCUAAGGCUACAAUAGUCGUGAUGUGACUAAACUUGGGUUGGAGAAUUUUUCAAAAACAUCUGUUUUGCUAGUAGGAUGUAAUUGCUAAAAUUAGGUGUUUAGUGAAUAAACCCUCUAAUACUAGUUCGUUUUUUUUUUUUUUUUUUUUUGGUCAUUCUUUAUUUUUGCUGUGCACAGAUAAGUCAUGCAUUGCACAACAGCAGACACAAAAACACAUAUCAGAACAAUUUGUCGGUAUAUAGACAAGAGAAAAUAUGAUAAAGAAUAUGUCGGUAGACAUUAAAGAAAUAGCAAGCUGAAGUCAAAGUACGGUGGCUGACAGUAUUGCUAAAGUAAAACAGAUGUCAUCCCAAGUACACACAAGGUAUAUGGCAAUAAGCCUUCUGUACAGCCCGGCAUCAGACUAUGCCUUGUUUGAAGAGCCACAGGAGUUGCCUGCAAGCAUCCAUUAAUGCCGGAACCCGAAUCAGGUUCAGGAAGGAGAGUGCUAUAAAUUCACUCUGCAAGCAUCCUGGCUGCAUGAACCCGCCGUCGACAGCAAGGUAGAGGAAGGAUAAGUGUAUGACGAACGUAUAGUCCCCAGCCUAGUGAUCUUCUACUGCAGUCAAAUGGAGCUGAGUUAAGCUCCUCUUUGUGUCAGAGAAUGUCAAGCGUAGGCAAAUACAGAAAACCAAACAGUCCCUACUUUCUUACGUUUUAAAGAAAACUAGAUCAGAAAUAAAGAACAACAAAUUCCGAGAGUAGGAACAGAGGAAACAAAAGGAGAAAGGCAAGUUCAGCAUGGCAGUGCCGCUUUAAUAAAAUAAUGUGCAUUUAAAGAACAACAAAGCUUAUUGAUAAAUUAUAAACAUUCACUUCCUAUUCAAAAUAGUUUGGGAGCUUGUGUCAUCUCUGUGGUGGUGAAAGGGUUAACGGUUUCUGCUGACCUUGAAGGACUCAGAGCCUAUGAUUGCCAGUCUAUUGGGAAUAUAAUGUGGAUGUAUUUAGCAGAGGGCUUUAAGUGCUAGGGAACCCCCCCCCUUUUUUUUUUUUCAAAAUUAAAAUGGUUAGUCAAAGGAGACUGUGGCAUUUGGAGUACCUCUUCAAAGGAACAUUCUAAGCACCAAGACCACUAUGGCUAAAUGCUGUGGUUUUGGUGUUAUGUUCUAAUGGACACUCGAAAUGCUGAAGCUUCUACAUCUUAAGAAAGUAGUUUUCCUGCUGCUCAUUUGUUUGCGAAUGGAUUGUUGUUUUUUAAGAAACAGCAAUUUGUGUAGAAUAUUUGGUGUUUAGUAUCCUUUAACCUAGGAGUAGGCAAUCUUUUGGAUCUUCUGAUGUUGAGGACUACAGCUCUCAUAAUGUUCUUAGUCAUAAUGCUUGCAAAGCAUCAGGCGAGAUUUAGUCAACAUCUGGAGUGCUGGAGGUUGCCUACCCCUGCCUUAGCAGUACCCAUUAAAGGUGCCAGGUUGUAGGUUGCCAGGGAACAUAACUGUAGCGAACAGAACCUUGCCACUGGCUUUUGUGGGAGCCUGCUUGCCAGACUCUUGCCCCAGAGACUGGCUAAAAUACUUUAAAAAGGCUUUGUUUGUGCAAUUGGGUUUAUAGGGUUCGGUUCCCGAACAGCAGCACGAACCAGGGACCUCCCAGGAGCUUGUUAAACCUUAUAAACACUUAGAACCGAUUCUAAACCGCAGUGUUCUAAUUGUCUGUUUGGGGUGGCCGCUGUUCGCAUGAAUGACCACGAGGUGGUAGCCAUCUUGUUCGCAUGAAUGCAGGCAGCGGUGUUUGGUCGUUGAGUUGCUGGAACUAAAAUCGGACACAGAAACUCCCGAACACCGGGCUUCCAUCAUCACCUGCAUUCGGUUCUAUACGAUUUAGAAGAAUCGUCGAAAUGAGGUGAACAAGCUCCAGGGUAAGAACAUUGAAUAUGUUCAUUAGUUUGUUCGGUUUUUAAACUACCGAACUAGACAGACUGCAAGCCCUGAUUCUCUGGAACUGUUUUUGGUAUGGGACCAUGUGCAUGGUCGGUCAAAUUAUGAUUUCCAGGAAAUUCCUGAAUCUCUGAACCGAUCUGGGUGAUUUUUAGAUGUGUUGGUUCCCCAGAUCGGGGCUAUCAGGGGAUGUAACGUUUGUGGAGGUUUUUAAAGGUAUAUUUGGGGUUUUGUAAAAAUGUAUGUUUUCUGUACCUGGAGAUACAGUGGUACCUUGGUUUACGAACUUAAUGCGUUCUCUGGGACGUUUCUUAUUGUGAAAAAUUUGUAAACCGAAACGCGGCUUCCCAUAGGAAUGCAUUGAAAACCAAUGAAUCCGUUCUGGAGGUCAGAAAAAAGUAAAAAUAAUCUGUCAUGGAAAUCAACCCACAAUGCAGAACACAAUAAAAGGCAUGCAAACGAUGAAGCUCAGCUUCCUACCUUUCCACCGCUUGAGAAAUGCGCCAAAAAAGUUCCAAAAAGUCCCAAAACCACUGCAAAAAAAUUCCAGAAUGGCUCCAAAACUCAAUGCAAAAGCCGCUUCAACACCUCCACACUCGACACCACGUGCUACCCACAGACUCAAGCAUGCACAGGGGGCGGUGCUAUAAACCUCCCAGGCGCAAUGCAGCCUGGGGAAACUUGCUUUGUAUUGCAAAAAAAAUUUGUAAACCGAGGCGUUAUUUUUAAUAGAUUUUCAUUUGUAAACCGAAAAUUAUGUUAACUGGGGCAUUUAUAAACCGAAGUACCAUUAUAAUUGAGUUUAAUACAGUGCCUGACUCAGUUAUCUCCCAGGCACAGAGGAGGAAUUAUCUUGUUUUAUGUGGGAGUGUCCUGGGCCUGAGAGCCAAUGCAAUAGUGUUUGUGUUUUUGCUGUACUCUACUCUCAGGUCCCUGGCAUGGGGACCUGCAUAUAAACCCAGUUGGAGCUGGAUCCUGGUCUUGGGUCCAAGAUGGGUGGAGGACAACUAGACCCCAUCCAAGCUGUAAUGCUGGAAGUGAGGACUACAGUGCUGAUGGUGUCUCGUGCGGUGCUUGUGGUACUCGGUAAGCACUAGGAAGCAGCGAUUGGCGGAGGCACCCAUUGGGGGUGCCUGGCGGUUUGCCACAAUAACUUAUUGGCAAGUCAUUUAGAAAUGGUUUAAAGGAACAGCUCAUGCACCAUACCCAACUACAGCACACAUUUGUGGUUAUUGUACCAGGAAUACCCACGGUAAGUAUUCAAACUACUUUCUAACCUGGUGCUGCUUGCUGCCUGCCUGCAGUGGAAGUGAGAGCCAGAAGGUUCUCCGUCAGCUCAUUGCUUCUAGCCAAUGAACUGAGCCAUGCACCGCCAGGCCUUGAUAAGUGUACAGAGCUUCUGGAUCUCACUGGGUUGUAGUUGAGGGUUGAACGGCGCUGGCACAUCCCAGAUAAAAAUAAAACCAUUCUAAAACGGUUUGACUUUUUACAAUGGGAGACGGCCAAUGCAUUCCUGGCACAGUAACCGCUACAGUUCGCUGUAAUGGUUGUGAUGCUUUAAGUGUUCCUGUAACUAUGAAACAGGGAAUGGCGCCCAGGACGACCAGUGGCGACCACUUCAGUGAGAUGAAGUGUUUAUGGUAUAUACAUUGUUCCUUUCUGUUUAUAGUUUGAAAUGGUGUAAACUCUUUUUUUAAUGACUUGAGAUUUAAAUACCAUCAUUGAUAUCUGACAAUGAUUUCCUACCUGGUUUAUUGUGAAGUUCUCCUGAUCUGCUGAGGGAAAGCAAGGGUGGGCAUUUUGCGUAUUAAGUGUUUAGUUUCAUAGACCACCAUUGGAUCCUGCAUCUAAUAUUGUUCCAAUACAAAUGUGCUGUUUGAAAAGGAAACAUCUUGAAUCAUUGUCAAUUGAAAUCCACAAGUCUGCUGUUUAGUAUCUUCAAAAAUACAUUGUUUGGGUGUGCCCCGUGGGUGCUUCCUCUAGCUUAUUUUCUUACCGUAUAGAUAGUGCAUAUCUCUCAUGGAGCUGUUGCUUUUUAUUUCUUCCUGAAAAACAAAAUGCAGACACAGUCAGCAUGAUAUUUGAACAUUUAUUUAUAAUUUAUUUAUUUAUAGAAUAUUUUACCAGCAUGAAUACAUUGAGAUCUCGCUAGUUUUCAAGUAUGUCCUGGGUCUUUGUCCACAAAACAUUGCAUUGUUACAAUAGGGUACAAUAUUAGAAAAAUACAAUAUACAAACUAUAUAAUCUAAAUUUAAUACAUAAUAGGUAAUACAUAUAUUCAACCAUGACAGGUGCAUUCUGUGCUGAGGUAUAUUGCCAUAGAUCUCUUAAAAGAUUUUAGAUUGAAUGAAGAUUUUACUGUGUCCCUGAGGUUAUUCCAUAAUCGAGGUGCUCUGUAGGAAAACGAGGAUCGAGCCACUUUCUAUUUGUAUUGCGGUAUGCUAAAUAUCACGCUAGUACUGGAUUGGAGGUUAUAGGAGGUGGGAAUAGCUGAGGAGAGCAUUCUACUCAGGUAGGGUGGGAGCUUCCCAGAAAUGCUCUUAUGCACAAGGCUGGAAAGAUGAAGAGUGCGUCGGAAUUCCAGCGACAGCCAAUUUAGCUCUUUAAACAUGUCACAGUGGUGGGUAAAGUAAUUACAUUUUAGUACAAAGCAGCAGAACGAAUUAUAUAAUUAUUAAGGUGGGUUUGCGGUGCGGGUGCAUACACUACAUCCCCAUAAUCAAUGACCGGCAUUAGCAAACAUUACAAAAGAGUGUUAAGAAGAGACAAAACAAUUAUUAUUAUUUAUGUAUUUUUUAAAGACUUUAAUUGUUAUGAAGUUUUGGUGUGAGGAGGUCCUGGCCGCUGUCUUACUGAAAGAGGUUAAAUCAUUAGUGAACACAUUAACCCUAUUCUACAGUGACACUGUUUGAAAAUGGUUUAACGUUGUAUUGAGGGAUGGUGCCAGGGGACCAAAUGAUUAUAGUGCUUACAGUGGCCAUUUAAUUUCUGAGCAAAUUCCUUUCAUAAACAAGCAUUUAUCUGAUCAUUUACUCUGAAAUCACUAAAAUGUUACCCCUCUGGACACACAACUCAAUGUAAAAAAUCAUAAAAUUAAAAACCAAAAAAUUGUCCUGAUCACUGGUAAACUCACCUUGUGGAACAAAUUACCGAGUUUAAAAAUUAGGUGGAUUGCUGACAAGUAUUUUCAAAAAUUAGUCAUCAUUGUGGCUGAGCCCUAGAUUAAAUGAAACUUGCUUGAUUUAGUAAGCCAGACCUUUUGCUUGUAUAUACGUAGUUGACUUAUGGGCAUCGUAGUGGCAUUCCACGCUGAUUUCAUCAUAUAUGUUAUCUUUAUUUUUCUUUUAGGCAGUGUAACUCCCUCUAAUCUCUUGUGUCUUCCAACUUCACUUAGUUUAGAGCCCCAUGCAUUGCGCAAUAUGUGUGCCAAUUGUCAUGCUAACUUUUCACAUUACAUUGUGUAAACCCCAUUUGCCUCCAUCUUUAAUUCUCCUUGGAUAUUUACAUAAGCUUCUGAUAGACCAGGGGCAGGCAAGCUUUUAGCAGCACUGCGCCAAAACAAGACUUAAGUUCCGUUGAUAGCUGGCCAUAUUUUAUUUUUAAAUUGACUUGUGUGUAUGUUUGUUUCCGUGUUAUGCAUGUGUUAUUUAGGGGUAUUGCUGUAUAGUGCUUAUGUUAUGCAUGUUUAUUGUGUGUGUCUAUGUUUGUAAGUGGGCUUUUUUUAUUACAGUUGCUUCCUUUAUCUUGCUAUGCCAUCUUUGUAUGUAAGUGAGCAGUUUGUAGUAUUGUGUGCUUAUGUAUGUAAGUGGGCUGUGUAUGGGGGUUGCUGGUGUGUGUGUGUGUGUGUGGUCAAUAUGUCCUAUUGUGUGUUGUUGCUUAUUGGUUGAAGGACUUGUUGUGUGUGUAUGUGGCGCUGUCACUGGUGUUUGUGGGUGGUUUGCCAGUAACUUUGUGUGUCUGUGGCUUUUGAUAGUAUUUGUGUGGACACAUACAGGUCUCUCAUGCUCCCGACACUCAGAUGCACAUUGUCAUUCAUUCCUAAUGAAUUCAUGGCAUCCACACACAGACACCUAUACAUGCUGUCAAACAAACACACUGCCAGGCAUACACACAAACACCACCACUUAGAAUGCCACACACACAAUCACACUAAUACUCACACAUACUGUCUUACACAUUCGCAAUAAUGUUAUUUUAGCCACAAUCCUUUUUGCGUACAAUUUAGCAUCAGGAGGGUGGCUUCCCUGUGGUUCAGUGGGGAAUAAGCUGUCCAGGCACAGUGCUGUUAUGUGCUGUUCUCGUCCUGCACAGAUUCUACUUUGACUGUUUGGAGGUAUUGCUCUAACAUUCCUUACACCUAGUGCAAGCCUGCACUACCAGCUUCAAUCACUGCUAGUUCCAACUGCUUGGUCGGCACUAGCCGAAUAUUUGAAGCCCAAUCUUGCAAGCUGGGUAAGCGAGGAAUGGCAAAAUGCCAAGUUCCUGGUUUCUUGUCCCACUAAAACCCCUGUUGGGUCAGCUAUGUGGAGGAUCCCUGAUUUCGCCUGCCAGUCUGUUUGGGUCUGGGAUGUGUGCCAUGCAAAGGCUCCGUGCGUGCCAUAGAUUGCCAGCCUCUGUCUUUCCAGUAGUAUCUUCCUGUGCCAAGGAUCUUGUUCUCAUACUCCGAUCUGAAUAUGACACCAGUAGGCUUUGCUUGUGCGGUGUUCUCCAUUCUUUUUGGAUUCCCGCUAGACACUGCUGCAGUAGUUGCAUUCAGUUAGAAAGAAGCAAUGUAUAGCAGGAGGAAAGGACAUAUGUCCGCUGGUAUUAUUGUUGUUGUUAUUAUUAUUGGUAUUUAUAUAGCGCCAACUAAUUGCGUAGAGCUUCACAAUAUUAUGAAAGGGGGGAAAUUUACAAUCAAUGAGACAAUUACACAAUGACACCGGAACAAUAGGUAGAUGAGGGCCCAAAACAAAAUUACAGUCUAGAGGAGGCGGGGUACAAAAACACAACAGGACAGCAAGGGUGAGAGCCACCAAAGAAGGUGGAAAAGUAGCAGAGCUGGAGGUGAGAGUGGAGUGUGGCUCUUUAGGAGAGAAAGAGAGUGAUAUGGGUAAUUAUAGAUAAGUUACUCUGGGAGUCCAUAAGCAUUUCUGAACAGAUGUGUUUUGAGGGACCUAAACAAUUGAAGACUAGGGGAGAGUUUUGAUGGGGGUAGGCAGGCUGUUCCAAAGGAAGAGAGCCGUCCGCGAGAAGUCCUGCAAGCCUGAGUUAGCAGUGAGGGUACAAGCAGCAGACAGGAGAAGGUCAUCGGAAGAGCGGCGAGACCGAUAAGGGGCAUAUCUAUGGUAGCCUGUCUUUUCUGUUUGUUUCUUAUUUUCUACAUCUAUGAAAGCAGUAAUGCUACGGGUAAAACAUUGUGAUACUGUCCCAGAAUUCACUCUGAUUCAUGUUACAGUCUGGGGCCAAAGGCCUUGGCAGUCUGAUGACUGUGUUUUGCCUUGUCACAAGCUUUUUUUUGUUUUUUUGUUAUGCUGCUGAGGAAAUAAGCCAGGCAAUUCAAAUCUGGACUAAAAUGUCAGCACUAAUGUGGUAUAGUUGUGACAAAGAAUCGCUCUGUGGUUUUUUUUCUGUGUUACCAGUGCAUGUUUCUGGCUCAAUCUUUCCUGGAACAUUGCUAUCGUGGUCAGAAUCUCAGGGAGCCUGUUCAGGCUAAACUGUAAUAGCACUGCUAAAAAAAAUAUAAAAAAUUAAUAAUAAUCUGUGGUGAUCACACCACAAUAAAACAUCCUUGGCUUAUGCCAUGAACUAACCACCACAAUUUCUUAUUGGGUAGAGCACAAACUUUUAUUAUACAAUCAUUAGACAUUGUCUGAAGCACAAAUCUAUUUCUGCAGAACAUCACGUGCGUUUUACCAACACUGAUGUUGACCGUUUUGGAGCGAGUUCUGGACAGUGAAAUGUUGUGCUUUGAAUUACCGUAAUUCGAGUCCAAAUCAAUAAAAAAAAAUUGAAUAUUAAAUCUUUCCCUCCCAACAAUAUGUAGAGUCAAGCUAACUAACUAACAAAUGCCAAACAAAAUGUUACUCAAAACAGUCCACAAAAGACCUUCAUUACAAAGACAGUGACAGUGACAUCACCACUGGUGGUUCGGUGGCUAGAGGGCAGGUAAAGGUGAGCGCUACCCUAUCCGUUUUGGGGGCGGCCUACUUCUUCCGGAGGGUCCUCAGCUCAUGAUGCUUGCAUGUGCAGGAGUAAAGCAUUGAGGUCGGUGAAGGAUCCCGCAGGAUCCUCUAUAGAGCCAAUCCCUGCAGCUGUCACUCUGCCCAGUGUCUAAAAGUGUCAGUUGUAGAAAAUAUACAAAGAUAAAAUGUACAGAUAACUCUGUAUAUUUCUUGACUGGGUUGGAAUUUCAAUGAAAUUCCAAUGCUGUCAAAAGGAGUAUUUUCGAAAGAUUAUUUACGAAAUACUCAUUUUUCAGGGUGGGUGAAGUAUUACUUGAAAGCCUCGCCCUGCAGAAAACACACUGAUGUAAAGAUGUGGUUUAAAUGUAUAUAUUUAUUUUUUUUAACAAGAGAGUAAUAAUUAUUACUACUAUUUGACCUCUGGCAGUACUAGCAGACAGUUAGUUGGAUACUUGAGUGUUAGGUUAUGUAGCGGCUAUCCAGUGUUUGUUAGUCUGCUACGAUGUUUUACAUGUCCCAUGUCCCUUAACCCUACAGUGAUAAUUAUUGAUUAAUGCUUUCCUAUGGUGAAAUGCUAAUCCUAAUGGGAGCGUGGGCAGUGCACAUUAGGUCUCCCCCGCUGAUGUUAGAGUGGGCUGAGCCUGACCCAGUGCUGAGGGUCAUCAGCGCUGGUUUUUAGGUAAGUGGCUGAUGGGGUUUUAACCCAUUCAGAGCCGCAGGAGGAGGGGGGGUGCGAGGGAGGGCACUGUAGGAUUCUAUAGUGCCAGGAAAACGGCCAUAGAAUCCCUUUAAUUUCACUAAUGGGAGGUGGACAGAGUCAAGGGGACAUUAAAUGUUGCUCCUCUUUUUUCCUCAAUGUAUUACAUCAGCCAUUGUGUGUCACGUAUUAUGGUGCUCUAGAAAGAGUGUGGACCUCGAUCCAUUUGAGUUAUAGUACAGGAUUUAUUACAGUCCUUCAAUGCCCUCUAAGCUACAGAUGCUUGGUAUACUUGUAGUUGCAUUUUAUAUGCUGAUGUUUUGUUUUUCUCAGGAAAUUGCAAUUCAAAAAAUUUCAUCAGAAUCCUGACAUAUGCUUGGUAUUGCAUACCAUUUAUUAAUUUCUGUUACACCUACUUUAUCUUACAAGAAAUGCUGUUCCUGCUUCUAUUUUAAUGGUUCUGACUCACCUUGCAAACCCACCUCUCCAUGCUGUAAAACCUUUUUUUUUAUGCAUUUGUCCCCUUUCCUAGGCAGGGAGGGGGGCAGUAAUUGAUUCCCUGGUGGUCCAGUAUGCUUCCUUGUGGUCUAGCUGCAGACCGGACGCUGUUGGGCUCUACCCCUUAGCACACUGAGUGGAGAGGCCCUGCACCUGGUGGCACACGCAUCACUUCCCUAAGGCAAGUUAGGCCUAACUUGCCUAAUUAGAGAGCCACCUCUGCCUGUCAGUGUUGUUCAAGGUUGGACGAAUAGUGCAGAAUUUCACUUCAGCAUGAUCAGAACCUCAGCAGAAGAGCUGGGCCUUGGAGGGCAAGGAUGUCUUAGUUUAUUGGAAAACUGGGGACAGACACUUUACUAUCUACUACUACAUAAAUGUAACCAAUUUUACUGCUCCACAUGCCCUCUCUGCUCCUCUCAUCGGGUCGCACAAGCGGAACGGAAAGUAAAAUAUUGAAUGCUGUUACUUACUAAUUCGGUGCUGUCGAACCGCUAGUCCUCCUGGUUCACGCAGGAAGAAUUUAUUGACAGCCGCUACUUCCUUGCAGUCGGUUGGAUUCUGCUCACUUGAAUGGCGUUUUCGUAUGUAAUUUAAAUUGCAUGACGUCUCACCCGUCCCUUAAAGUGACUAUCAUCUAAGCAACUUUUUGGAGUCACAGAGUUGACGUUGAUCAUUCAGAAUAUGUUGAAACCUAUAUAAAACUUAUAUGGGCCCGUCCCGUUUUCAGUGCCCUUUUGUGGUUUCUGCAUUGAUAGACGUUUAAGCUACCUUGAUUUUGACCCUGGCUUGUAUUUGACUUUGUGUAUUUUCGGUAUCCUGACAAUAUAUCCAUAUUUCUAUUAUCCGGGCCUUGGCCAUUAUGGACUUUGUUUCUAUCUUUAUCACAUCAAUGCUGUCCACUCUUAAGGCAGUAAUACAUCUAUUUAGUAACUUCUAUUUGUAGAUUUCAACAUUUCCUCUACGUUAGGGUAACGACCCUGUGACAAUAACUUCUUUCACCAUAAUUACUAAAGAACUGGAGUGGUUAUGGUGUUUGAAGUGGUGACUACUUUCGCAAGUAUACAUUAUUACAAACCCCUUCUCCCCCCACCCUUCCCCCACUUAUCCACUGACUACUGUAUUGCAUUGCCUUUCACAAUGACUCAACCUGCCACAGACACUCUUCAAUGCAUUCAUAACUAGCCACACCCACGCUUUCUCACAAAUAGAACAAUGGAUGUAGGAAAUACAGAGCAAGCUAGAAAAAAUGUAUACACACUUCAGAAAAAAACCAAAAACAACCUGUAUAAAUAUAUUCAUACUAAAUUCAUUCAGACAUGAAUACAAGUUCCUUAAACUCAGUGCUCUGAUCAUGUAAAUUACUUAACUUCAAUCAAUCUGCAGCCUCCCAGCAUCGUUAUCCAAAACAAACGAUCUUCACAUAUGCAUAGAACCACAGACAGAAAUGGGAUACGGCUGUACAGUCUAUAGAGGGAACAUAUAAAGGAAAAACACAAUAGUGUAACACAAUAAAUACAGUAAAUGGUGCGCUUUAAAUGGAUGCACUCACAAGAUGAUGGAAAUAGAAGAGCAUUCACAAGGUGCCUCCCCAGAUAGUAUAGGGGGCUGGUGGUUCCCCUUUUCAAUGUAGAACAACCAAUGGAACACGGGACUCCAGGUAAGUGGUAGUAGAAAAGCAAUUAUUUUAUUUUCUUAAAAGGUGAAAAGACACCAUAAGAAUAAAGAUUAAAAGUGCAGCAAUAGGUCCAACGCGUUUCGUUCAAGCAAGAACUUCAUCAGGGACCGCACAGUAAAAAAAUCACAAACAAUAUCACAGAUUGUAAAAUAACAUAUCCUACUUUCCCCUUAACAGAAUCUCUAUAAAUAGGGCUAGUCCCAAAGUCCCAUUGGUCCAUGGUGUAGGAGUGUCCAAUAGCCAGCUAUUCGUUGGUCCAGAGGUAUUAUCCUCCAGCUGAUGGUAUUUUCGGUGUUUAGAUGAUUUAAAUUGGGCGCGUUCAAUGGGAAAGCCGAAACCGGAAGUGGACGUCAACCUUCACUUCCGCGUGAAUACAAGUUACCUCUAUAAUUACUAAAGGUGCUCAUAGUGGCUGCCAUUAGCAUGUGCACUGCAGGGGUUAAUUCUAACAUACACAAACAUAUAAACAUUUCAUGAAUAUACGUAAUAAACACAGAGUGAAAGAUUAAUAAAAACACACAGACUCAGAUAUGUGAUGAAAAAGGCUGUGGUCUUUUAGUUUACAAAACAUAAAAAAAAACCCUAACUUAAUCACUUAAAAAUAUCUAACUUGUAACCAAACAUAUCUGGUCUUUAAACCCUCAGAGAUUUAAAGGGACACUAUAGUCAGCCAGACCACUUCAGCUGAAUGAAGUGGUCUGGGUGCCAGGUCCCUCAGGUUUUAAUCCUUCAGAUGCAAACAUAGCCGUUUCAGAGAAACGGCUAUGUUUACAUUUGGGGUUAGCCACUAGACGCGCAUCUGCAACGCUGGAGGCCCGCGCAGAUAGCGCACUGUAAAGCAGGAAAACCGCAAUAUACAAGGCGUCCUGACGUGGAUUAGAGUGGUUUCCUGCCCCCCUCCCUUUAAUAUUAUUUUCAUUCUAUGUCGUGGUUUUUUUUAUUGCCUAUUUUAAGGGGGUGGGGGGGGAUAACUAGCUGAGUUUGGUGAUAUAUUUAUAUCAAAAUACACUUAGAAUGAAAUUGUAUAUAUAUCUAUGUAUAUAUAAAUAAAUAAAAAUAAUACGAAAUAUACAUAUGUCCAUAUACAAAAUUAUAUAAAUAUACACGUAGACUUCAAAUAUAUAAAUAUGCAUAUAUAUUUAAAUUCCAUGUGCGUAUUUAUGUAAUAUUUUUACAUAAUUAAGUAAUUUUAUUGAUUGCAAUUUGAGUAACCUGCCUGCCAACCCAGGCCGAAAGUCCAGAGAAUUUAAUUUGCUAGCACUAUAUUUUAACCUGUAACUUUCUAUGACACCCUAAAACCUGUACAUGGGGGGUACUGUUUUACUCGGGAGACUUCUCUGAACACAAAUAUUAGUGAUUCAAAACAGUAAAGCAUAUUACAGCUAUGAUAUUGUCAGUUAAAGUGCAUUUUUCACACACAAACAGCACUUUUACUGAUGAUAUAAUUGUUGUGAUACGUUUUCCUGUUCUGAAACACUAAUAUUUGUGUUCAGCAAAGUCUCCCGAGUAUAACAGUACCAUACCUCCCAUGUACAGGUUUUAUAGCGUUUUUGGUUACGUUGCCUUUGAGAGCGUAUGGUAGCCCAGGAAUGAGAAUUACACCCAUGAUGGCAUACCAUUUGCAAAAGAAGACAACCCAAAGUAUUGCAAAUGGGGUAUGUCCAGUCUUUUUUUUAGUAGCCACUUAGUCACAAACACUGGCCAAAAUUAGCGUUAAAUUUCGUUUUUUACUUUUUUCACACACAAACAAAUAUGAAGUUUGGCCAGUGUUUUCGACUAAUUGGCUACUAAAAAAGACUGGACAUACCCCAUAUUGAAUACCCUGGGUUGUCUACUUUAAAACAAAUAUGUAAGUGUGGGGUGUUAUUCAGAGAUUUAUGACAGAUAAUAGUGUUAUAAUGUCACUAUUGAUAAAUUUUAAAAAUGUAUGUUUUGAAACCGCAAUAUCCUACUUGUACCUAUAGCCCUAUAACUUGCAAAACAAAGCAUGCAAACACUGGGUAUUUUUAAACUCAGGACAAAAUUAUGAAUCUAUUUAGCACUUUUUUUUUCAUUCGCUUUUGUAGACAAGUAAAAUAUUUUUCAAGUAAAAGUCAAAAAAAUGUUUUUUUUUCAAUUUUUUUUAAAUUAAAUUACAUAAGAUUAUAUAAAUAAUGGUAUGUAAAGAAAACCCCUUUUGUCCUGAAAAAAAAAACUAUAUGUAAUUUGUAUGGGAACAGUAAAUGAGAGAGCGGAAAAUUACAGCUAAACACAAACACCACAAAAGUGUAAAAAGAAGCCUGGUCGCAAAUGUACAACAUCGCAAAAAUAGUCCAUUCCUUAAGGGGUUAAACCUUAGAAUUGAAAUUCACUUUGAAAUCUGUUUAGUAAUUUUGUUUACUAAAGAAACAUGUUGGUAAAGGCAUUAAAGAUAGUGUGUUAAAGGGACACUAUAGUCACCAGAUCAACUACAGCUUAUUGUAGUUGUUCUGGCUAGUAUAAUGGCUCCCAUCAGGCAUUUUCAUGUAAACACUGCCUGUUUAGAGAAAAAAAAAAAAGGGGGGGGGGAGAAAGUCACCUAAAUGGUGUUUUCACUAUAGGGUCAUACAUGUUUGUGUUCCUGACCCUACAGUGACACUAUAGUUAUCCUUUAACUUGUCUUGAUUCCUUACUUUUUCAGUCAAUAUAAAGCUUAGUAACUCAUAUAUUGACCCCCACCACUUACAGUUAAAAACCUUUCUUAAACGUGAUCAGUAUAAAGGUUUUAAACACUUGGUCAGAAUCCCCCACCACCCUAGUGUAGGUAUACCUUCCUUAAAUAUAAUUUUUACAAUCUUUUUCACCUUUCCUAGUACUUCCAGUGUAUUCAUGCCAAAUUCAUUUGGAUGCAGUGUGUGCUUUCCUGAUAAUUUAAGCAUUCUUGGGGGUGUUGAUUAUUUCAUUUUUUGCUGCUCUGAUCCUAAACUAAGCUGAAUUCCAAACCAAACGAAUCACGCAGUUAGUUGUUUUGGCUCAGAACCAGAAUUGCAAAAUCAGUACUUUUUUUCAAAGUAUGCACGGUGUCUAGAUUUUGCUUUCUGAAUGGCCCCGAACGCAUCCGGAUGAUUUUGCCUCAUUUUGUAGGAUGCCAUUCGGACUUUAGAUAAUGGACAAGUCUGAGUCAUUCAUAAAUGCCAGAAUCACAAGGGAGUAUUGAUCUGCACCCACCAGAGGUGCAGACCACAUGCUCUCUUGCUGUAAUGGGUGGGUGCAAGGCUAGUCAGAGAGAUCUUUUUAACUAUUAUACUAUUGCUAUAUAGAUAAACAUAAAGCCAUAAAGUUCAGCAACUCAUUUGCUUUUUAUUCACGCAACUUUCUUUUUCUCCCUCAUGUCUGCAUUUUUUUCUCUCCCUCUCUCCUUAUGGUUCCCUUUCUCCCUGAAUGCUGCAGAAUUGUUUGAUACACGCUUGAUAUACACAUGCCUGAAGGCAUUUGUGUGAUUGUAAGUGCUGGGCUGCAACCAUGAUCUGAGACAAGUUUCUGGGACGAAAUGCUCAUCAGUAAAAUCUCAGGACAUUGAAGUAAAUCACUUAUUUUUUUUAAUAUCUCCAGCAUCAGUAGUUUGUUAAAGGGAUACUCCAAGUGAUACCGGAGAAACUGACGGAAGCAAAGCACAGAGGGAUGGACACAGGUUUCUUCAGGAAGGAAGAGAUUCUUUAUUGGAUCACCGAUCGGGACUCAGAGGGACUAAUGUCACCAAAAAUACAGCAAGUUCUGAGCCCUGAACAAUAGUGCAGGCUCCCUAUAUAGGCACAUAACUCCUCCCAUAUUAAGCUCCACCCGCACAUUCUCUUGACCAAUCAUUACAAAUAAGAAUUAACUUCCUGCUUGACCACAUGGCUUGUCCAGCACAAUGGAGGAGGGGAAUACUACAUCCUGUAUUCUUGCACAUGCUCCGUACACUACUGAUCGUAUCUUGCCUCGUGCAACCAACUGAUCGAUACGUCAGCAUAUGCACGUACACAUGCCACGUGGUAAUCUCGGCCUACUAAAUUUAUUUUUACCGAGAUUCCACCACAUUCCCCCCUUUGAUGCCUCUUGAUAUUUUACAAUUACUUGAGGCAUCACUUAACCUUGGUUUACAUACACCACAAGUUACCUUUGAACCAGACCAGACUUAUCCUAUGAUGUGAAUCUUCAACACUCAUCUUCCUGCAUUAGUUCUCCCUGAUCUAGAGCCUUAUAUUUAUAAAUUGCCAUUAUCUGUGCAGCAGCCUUCCUCUCUGCUAUAUUUUCUAUCAGGCUUUGCACAGACCUAACUACUAAGGGUAUAAGACACGGCAGGAGUAGACACAACAUUAAAAUCAGUAGGACUCCACCUACCACUGCCUUAAGCCCUCCAAACCACUCAUACCAGCUACCAAACCAACUACUUGGAUUGUACCCUUUCCAUACCUGAGUAGGCACAUGCGCUAGUUUAACCAUAUGGCUAGUAAGCUCAGCUAUUGCUUGCCCUUCGUCAUCUAUUUGAAGACAGCAAUUGCUCAGGUUAAACUUCCCACAUACACCUCCCUCUACUGCCAAAAGAUAAUCCAAGGCUAAUCUAUUUUGGUAGACUGCUGUCCUCAUCCUGGUAUUAUGCUUCGCUAGAAGAUUGAGCGCUUGUGAUGUCUCGUUAGUAAUGAUCUCAACCACCGCCUGUAACCUUAUAAUGCGGUUGAGCAUAUAAAUAGGGGUUCUAUAACCAAAGGUACCAUCCUCUGCCCACGUGGCUGGCCCAUAAUAAUCUAUAAUACGCUGGGGAGGCCAUUCAUUAUCUUCCCAGGCACCUAUCUCUAUGGGUCCCCUUUUCUUCCUAUGAUUCACAUCAUACACUUUAACACCUAAAGUCUCACCUGUUUCAAUAGGCAACAAGAAGAAGGAUGGUUUUAACAUACCCAACACACAUGCCCCUUCCCAGUCCUGUGGUAACUCCGAAUAGGCCUUCUUACCACAGAUCCAGUACAAAUUCGCUGGGGCUCUCCAGUUAGAUGUGAUGGAUAGAUCAAACCAUACGUCCUUUAAAUUGGCAUAUCUUGCAAACGGGUUAGAUGGUUCUGAGACAUUUGAAGCCGACCACCAAGUUGUAUUCUUUGUAUCAUCAUCAUAAGCUUUUUGCCCUAGACAAGUUAAUUCUCCUACAGAAGUAUUAUACAUCAUUCCUUUCCUCGCUAUGCAAACAUAACCUAUGAUGGAGGUCUUCAAUCUCCACUCAGAUUUACCUCUAACACUCAUAUGAUAGUCGGCUUGUAUAGAUAUUAAUUGGUCAACUGCCUCAGAACCGGACAUUACCUCCUUUGCUUCCCAAGGCCAUUGGUCUCCCAUGUUAGUACCUCCACACACAUAGCAGUUGGUAACAUUAAGACUACCGGCAAUACUCUCGGCUAAAUCAAUGAACAAGUUUUUAGCAUUAUGGGGGAUCUUAUUAUCUAUGCUCAUCUCUUCAUAAAAGGAAUGGUAUACUUGAUGAGUUUGGGAGGUUACCGUAUCAGUCUCUAUCCCUAUAAACAAUAUUGUCCCAGGGUCUAAACCCGUCCCAUAUAUUUGAAACCCAAAUAAAUUACCAUAUUUAUCUAAGAACUUGUCAGGGUUAUUUAUAAGUAUAUGGAUUGGAUUGCAUUCCAUAGACUUACAAUAUGGAUCAAUAGGCAACUUAGUCACAAUCAUGUCCUUGUCUACUGUCUGUCCCCAAGUCGCCCACCCCACACAAGACCAAUAUGGGCAGAAGUUAUAAUCUCUAUUUGGACAUCUUGGACUUACAUAUUUAUUUUUACUACUGGGACAAAUAUAUUUAUCGUUAGACCCAUACGUCCUCUCCCAUCUAAGAUCCCCACAUACAUUCCACGGCUUUCUACCACUUGAUAUUGCUUUACACGCAUCAAAUAGCAGAGCACCUGAAGAAUAUACGGAUUUUAAUACCGUCUUAUUAAUUAGGGUCCCCUGAGGAUCUCCAUUUCUGAGAGUCAACCAAAUUGUACGGGGUUGAUACUCAGGACUGAAGCACUUAGGUUCUCCUACUCCUAAAUGACACACACUAUAUUCUAUAUUUAAGUAUCUACAUCUUGAUACAUCUCCUUUACACUCAUAUUGCGAAUGCCAAAUUAGGGUCUGGGAUAUAUGGUUACCUGUUCUUGUAGUCUUAAUGCAUACCUCACAGCUAGGAGUGUCGGUACCUCUACCUUCCUGAAUAUAAAAAUACACAUAAAUAAACAUUAUUAAAAAUACAUCUUUCGUCGUCAUCCUCAGUCUUCGUCCGUGCGAAGGCACCUCAGCUUCCAGGAUGUAAGGGCUGCAGGGAAUGGAGUUCUGCUCGUCUUCACAGGGGUCCCCUCAAGACUUUCCCUGACUUAUACACUCGUUGGUGAGUGGACAGGCUUUAUUAUGGCCUUCUCACUCACUUACCAAGUCUCUGAAACAAUAAAAUUUGUGAUCCACAAGGUUCCUCGUCACUCCGACUGAGUCGUGCGUUUUAACCGGAUUUUGCAGGGAUUCUCUGGAUUUGCUGUAACUUGCCAGGAAUCGGCUGCUGCUGGUUUAACCCUGGAGUGAUGUAUCCACGGAGCCACUUCGGCUACUUUUAUCGCUGUAGGGGUAGACAGAAGAACAACAUAAGGACCUCUCCACUUGGGCCCUAACGGCACAUUAUUCCACUCUUUAAUCCACACUUGGUCGCCUGGGUGGUAACUAUGAAUUGGGGGAUAAAUAUUCACAGGUAAUCUAUCUUGUACCCAUUUCUGUACCUCCUCCAUAGUCUUACCCAACUCUACAACCUGCUGCCGGGUAAUUCCUUCUCCCAACUGACUCAAAUCCCCCCUUAAGUUACCAAGCACGGGAGGUGGUCGCCCGUACAUGAUUUCAAAAGGAGAGAGGCCCAUCCUUCUGGUAGGUGUACUACGGAUUCGCAAUAGAGCUAUGGGCAAGAGAACGUUCCACUUAAGUUGGGUUUCCUGACACAUUUUAGCCAACUGAUUCUUAAUAGUUCUAUUCAUUCUCUCUACCUUACCAGAACUCUGGGGUCUAUAUGCCGUAUGAAGCCUCCACUUUAUACCAAGCAUAUGAGUCAAUUGUUGUAGGCACUGAUGAACAAAAGCUGGACCAUUGUCCGAUCCUAUAGAGCAGGGUAGUCCAUAUCGGGGUAUUAUUUCUCGUAGCAGGAAUCUCACGACUUCUCCUGCUUUCUCUGUACGAGUAGGACAUGCUUCUACCCAGCCUGAAUAGGUGCACACCACUACCAGAAGGUAGCGAUGUCCACCCAAUUUAGGCAUCACUGUAUAGUCAAUUUGUAAAUCGGACAUGGGAAGUCCCCCCAUAAACUGGACUCCUGGUGGCUUUACUGGUCCUUGUCUUGCAUUAUUUUUAGCACACGUUACACAUCUACGUACAAUGGCCUGAGUCAAGUUGGACAAUCUUGGUAUGUAGAAAUGUUUUCUGAGAGAUUCUUCUGUACUGUCUCUCCCAGAAUGUGUCCCGUUAUGAUAGUUUUGGACAAUUUCUACCGCUAGUGAUGCUGGAAUAACUAUUCUUCCAUCUUCUAACUGAUACCAUUUGUUCUCCAAAUACUUUCCAGGUUCAGUCCUUAACCACUCCUCUUCUUGAGCUGUAUAAAUUGGAGUCCAUUGAGACAGUGGAGUUGGUAUAAGAGCAGCUAUAUGCCCCACAUAUUCCUGUCUUCCUGAUUCAGCAGCACGCUUAGCUGCACUAUCUGCCAUCCGAUUCCCUUUGGUUACAUCACUAUCUCCUCUCAGAUGCGCCCGACAAUGUAUAAUACCGACUUCUUUCGGCUCCCACACUGCUUCCAAUAGUUGUAGGAUCUCAGCUGCGUAUUUGAUUUCUUUGCCUUCUGAAUUCAAUAGUCCUCUUUCUUUAUACAAAGCUCCGUGGGCAUGAGUGGUUAAAAACGCAUACUUGGAGUCCGUGUAGAUGUUCACUCUUAAACCUUCAGCCAAUUGUAACGCUCGUGUCAGUGCUAUCAAUUCUGCCUUUUGUGCUGAUGUUCCUUUUGCCAGUGGCCGAGCUUCUAUCACCUUGUCUAUCGUUGUUACUGCAUAUCCUGCAUAGCGGAUCCCUUCUUUUACAUAACUACUGCCGUCGGUGUAAUAUUGAACAUCAGGGUUCUGGAUGGGAAAAUCACGAAGAUCUGGUCUACUUGAAAAUACUUCAUCCAUUACUUCCAAACAAUCAUGUUGACUUUCAGUAGGUUGUGGCAAAAGGGUAGCUGGAUUUAAGGUAUUUACAGUCUCUAAAUGCACUCUUGGGUUUUCACACAACAUUGCUUGAUACUUGGUCAUACGGCUGUUACUAAACCAAUGAUUUCCUUUGUAAUCCAACAACGUCUGUACUGCAUGUGGAACUCGUACAUAAAGUUCUUGACCCAGAGUGAGUUUAUCGGCUUCAGCUACUAGCAGGGCGGCUGCAGCUACAGCUCUUAGACAAGGUGGAAGUCCGCUGGCCACUGCAUCCAGUUGCUUAGACAUGUAGGCAACAGGUCUUUGCCAUGAUCCCAAGUACUGUGUCAAUACUCCCACAGCCAUUCUUCUUUGCUCAUGUACAUACAGGUAGAAUGGCCGUGUGUGGUCAGGUAGACCUAAUGCUGGGGCACUCAUCAAAGCCCUCUUCACAUCUUCGAAUGCCGUUUGCUGUUCUUGAGUCCAUAAGAAGGGGUCGUGCUCUGUACCUUUGAUAGCUGCAUACAGAGGUUUUGCCAGUAUCGCGUAGCUGGGAAUCCAUAUCCUACAGAAGCCUGCUGCCCCCAAGAAUUCUCGCACUUGUCUUCUAUUCCUGGGUAUCGGUAUUUGGCACACAGCUUCUUUUCUCUCUGGCCCCAUAAUUCUUUGACCUUCAGAGAUAUGGAAUCCCAGAUAUUUGACAGUUGGCAAACACAACUGAGCCUUCCUUCUUGACACCUUGUAUCCUGCCUUCCAGAGGAUGUGUAGUAGAUCAUGCGUUGCUUGCUGACAUACUUCCUUUGUAACUGCUGCUAUCAACAAGUCAUCUACAUAUUGUAAUAAUACACACUCUCCUGGGAUAGACUCAAAAUCUAGUAGAUCUUGGCUUAGAGCUGAACCAAAUAGGGUAGGUGAAUUUUUAAACCCCUGGGGCAAUCUUGUCCAGGUCAUUUGGCGUUUCGAGCCCGUUACAGCAUUUUCCCAUUGGAAAGCGAAGAUACAUUGGCUUUCUGCGGCAAUUCGGAGGCAAAAGAAGGCAUCUUUGAGAUCUAAGACUGUAAAGUAAGUAGCCCCGCCCGGAAUUAAAGCAAGCAGGUUAUAUGGAUUGGGCACGACUGGAUGUAUACUAACAACCGCAUCAUUGACUGCUCUCAAGUCCUGCACAGGUCGAUACUCAUCUGUACCGGGCUUUUGAACAGGCAGCAAUGGGGUGUUCCAGGGGGAAGUACAGAAUUUUAGGAUACCAUACCGUAUGAACUUAUCCAGAUAAGAUUGGAUGUUCUUCUUAGCCUUCUGCGGAAUAUGAUAUUGUCUCAGGCUUACUGGAUAAACCCCAAGUUUUAGUUCGAUUUUAAUAGGUGGAAUAUUGCGGGCCAGUCCUGGUGGGUUGUUCUCUGCCCAAACUCCUGGUAUGUUAAAUAAGGAUUCAUCACUCCUCGGGUUUUGGCUAGUCAACACUGUAUAAAGUCGCCACUCUUCUUCCUUUGGUACGGACAAUGUCAUAAUACCUGAGGGUCCAUUAAACUUUAAGGAUGUUGUUCCAUUUGGUAGGAACGUAAUCUGCGCUUGUAAUUUGGAUAGCAUAUCACGUCCCAGCAAUUGGACUGGACACUCAGGCAUAUAAAGGAAUUGAUGUUUUACUACGUGGCCUCCCAAUGUACAGAGUCGACUUUUAAGAACCGGUUUUUCAGCACUUCUUCCAGUUGCUCCUAUUACAGUAAUAGUUCUUCCAGAUGGAGGAGCAACUAGAUUAGUCACCACCGAAUGUUCAGCACCAGUGUCGAUCAUGAACGCACUCCUUUUUCCCCCUAUUGAUACAUCGACCAUAGGCUCCGCUCGACCAAGGGGGAUGGAGCCCGGUCGGUAUCAAUAGUCCUCCAUGACCGUGUCAGCCAAUCCCACAAAGUCCCUACCUUCUCUAUCGCGGGACCUUUGCGCUGCUGGAUAGUACCUAUCUUCCCUUACACUUCCUCUGUUCCCAUUACUCCCUCUAUUACCAUUACUCCCUCCGGGGCCUCCUCUACCUCUCGCUCUGCCUCUAAAGUUUCCAUAACCUGCCCUGGGUAAGUCUCUCUCAUACUGCUCUCUUUGCGGACACUCAUUCCUCCAAUGCCCUUCUUCCUUGCAGUACGCGCACUGAUUCCUACUCAAAGGCUCCCUAUUCCAUCUACCAUCGCCUCUAUCUGAGCCCCGUCUAUCUACGCCUGCGAUCGCUACCGCUAACAUAUCUGCCUUUCUACGCAUCUUGCGCUCUUCCUCUUUCUUACUUUCUGUUUCCCUAUUCAUAUAUACUUUGUUCGCUACCUCCAUUAGUUGGGUGAUAGACAUACCUGCAAACCCUUCUAAUUUCUGUAGCUUGCGCUUAAUAUCUCCGUAAGCUUGGCUGACAAAGGCGGAGUUUACCAUUCGGGAAUUAUCAGCGUCUUCCGGAUUAAAGGGGGUAUACAAGCGGUAUGCCUCCAAUAAUCGGUCAUAAAAGACACUGGGCGCUUCAUCACUUUUCUGAAUCACCUCAACUGUCUUCGACAUGUUAAUAGCUUUCUUCCCUCCGGCUUUCAUGCCAGCAAUUAUAGCAUCUCUAUAGGCUUUAAGUUGAGCCAUAUCUGCGCCAUUUACAUUCCAGUCAGGAUCGGUGUUAGGGUAAUGUGUUGCGGCCCAUGCUGCCGGAUUGGCUUGAUUUAAAGCACGGGCUCUCUCCUCUAGCGCCUUAAUGGCCGCUUGGUUAAUCCUUGUCCUUUCCUCAUUAUUGAACAAUGUCAUUAAUAACUGCUGGCAAUCAGCCCAUGUCGGGUUAUGUGUCUGAACUAUCGAGGUGAACAGAUCGGUCAUAGCUUGUGGUUUCUCAGUGUACGAGGAAUUGUGGGUCUUCCAAUUCAAGAGAUCGGUAGUCGUGAACGGGACAUAUACGAAGACUGGGUCAGCAUGUGCCAUUUGACCUGCGGCAUCGAUAUAGGCUGACCCAGGAUUCAGACGAAGAGGCAUCUGAUAAUGUUUUAAUUGUUGGGUACCGGUCAGUUGUCGGGUUAGUAUGGGGCUACGUGGAGGGGCGUCAGUUAAAGGUUCCGGUCGAGAGGUAAUAGGGCAUGAGGAUGUGGGAACUUGAUUUUGUGAAAAAUUAGUGAAUAGUAUACUCUGAGCCGAGCUAGAAGAAGCUUGACCGGAAGUUUGAAGUGGCGCCAAAUCAGGAUAUUCAGAUCUAAUGGGGGUUGGUCCUGGUUCAGGAAGGGGAGUUUUAAUACGAGGGGGGGUGGAUUCUGUACUGGAGGAGGAAGCGGAAGUGGAUGGGGGCAAUAGGGGAAGGGGUGCAGAACUUCCUGCAUUCGCGUCACUUCCUCUUAAAGGGAAGUAAGGGGGCGGCAAAGGGAUCUCGGACUCAGGGGGCGUGUCCAAAAUGGGCCUAACACCGGUCCUAGUGGACAAAUAAGUCCUGGCCACCAUGAGGCGACAUUGCUCCUCGUGGCAUAUCCGGAUCCAUUUUGGCGAGUCGUUUACGGCCUGCCUCCAACAAUCAAUGUAUGGAAACUGUCCGUAAAGUUCAGGCCUACCUGACACAGCCACGUGUACACGCUGUACCAGGGUUGGAUCCAAACUGCCACGCGGCGGCCAUGCCGCAACCAAAGUAGGCCACUCCCUAGUGCACAAAGUGACCAAACGUACAGGAGACAUUUUAACCCCAAAAUCACAUGUUUUGAAUCCCUUUUUAAAAUUCUUUACCAUACAACCUAAGGGAUCCGAAAUCGUUGACUCUGACGCGCCCAUACUUAUCAAUGGAACGUCGUUGACAACGAAUACUAUGCACGCGUUCUUAUUCAACAGUCACACCCGUUUCCUCUGGCAACAGCACCACGUGGUACAGUUACCAAGUGAAACGUACACAAUAACACAAUAAUCACUCAGGGAAUUCCCGUACACACACAGCUGUUACACCAGUCGCUAAAUAAUCAAUAUUAUGCCCUUUGGCGAAACUAUACAGUCACCCACGCUAUAAUUCUCUAUAUAUGAAUUACCCGUCUAUAACACACCCCAGUAACAUCGUCUUUUACUAGUAUCGGUUACAGUACGGUUAGCAUAGGUCAAAGCACAAUUUAAGGUCACAAUACAAUUAUUAGUGGUUACGGUGUUAAACAUGCAAUAGACGACAAUGAUUAGUACUUAUAUACAGUGUCAGUAAAUAUACAGGGUUAUGGUACCGUGCACUAUGAUACAGCAACACACUAUUAACACUCUCGCUAGACGGCUGAGCUCGCGCUAUCUAACAAGAUAUACACUUUACUAACAAUCUUUAACACAUUUACAAUCCCAACUAAACUAUUGGCCAGUACCUUGAAUGGACUACCUAAAACUAUAUACACCCGUUUUGGUUAGCCACACUGCCCAAGCACCACAUAUAGCGAACUAGAGGGCGAAUUUACAAAAUUGCCCUUCUAGUCUAUUUACUCUAUCAAAAGUCUAGUGGGUUCCAAAUUUACACGCCUUCCCACUUAGCCAAGAUAGGUUGAGAGCUAGCGAACCGAAUUUACACAGGCGCCGCUUAGUCUCCCGGUCCCUCCGACCUAGCGAACGUAAUAUACACCCUAGAACGCUAGUCUAGACAAGACACCGGUGUCCGGCUAGGGCUAUUUACACAGGACCCCGCCUGACUAACCAGAUCAAACGGUCUUACUAAAGAGCGUUCGAUCGAGCGGUGCGCCUUCGCUCCUUCCCUCCGACAGAGGGGGCAGAUUCCAUACACAGAUUUAAACCCCUUUUGGGCCUACCGCACAAUCGGUAUACCCCUAGUGGGUCUGCCGUCUAAAACAGCAGUUGUCUUACCUCCUCGUUCCUGAACCUGAGUUCACACUCAUCGACGGGGACACCCCAGCACUUCUUACGUAGAGGCCGAUGAUCUCCUGGACAACAGACCAGUGGCGCCGAGACGAAGGGAGGUCCACGCAGAAGUUCAGGGGUGCAGCCGUAGAGAACGUGGGCAAAGAUAGACCGUCUCACGCCUCUGCCUCUCAGCUACCGUUGAACGAUGAGCUUCCCGGCCAAUGCACCAAAUGAUACCGGAGAAACUGACGGAAGCAAAGCACAGAGGGAUGGACACAGGUUUCUUCAGGAAGGAAGAGAUUCUUUAUUGGAUCACCGAUCGGGACUCAGAGGGACUAAUGUCACCAAAAAUACAGCAAGUUCUGAGCCCUGAACAAUAGUGCAGGCUUCCUAUAUAGGCACAUAACUCCUCCCAUAUUAAGCUCCACCCGCACAUUCUCUUGACCAAUCAUUACAAAUAAGAAUUAACUUCCUGCUUGACCACAUGGCUUGUCCAGCACAAUGGAGGAGGGGAAUACUACAUCCUGUAUCCUUGCACAUGCUCCGUACACUACUGAUCGUAUCUUGCCUCGUGCAACCAACUGAUCGAUACGUCAGCAUAUGCACGUACACAUGCCAUGUGGUAAUCUCGGCCUACUAAAUUUAUUUUUACCGAGAUUCCACCACACAAGGUCUUUGUCCACGUUUUAUUUUAGUGUUUGUGUUGCUGUGAGGCAGAGAAUUUAGGAAGAGGUGUGUUGCUCAAUCUUCAGUAGAUGGUUAAUCCAUUUACAGGAAGGAAGACAGAAGGUACAAGAUGAUUAAUAGUUUUCCGUUCUGUGUGUCUCAGAUAACCUAGUCUUACUCUGUUAUCGGUGAGGAGUAUUUUCACUUGUUUCCACUGUUAGAUGCAAGUUCUGUGUUGGAACUGUUACAUAAAAUACUUGGCUGAAUGCACACUAACAAAAUGGGUUCUGUUUACCAAACUAAUCUAAUGGUUAAUGAGGGCAUUCAGCCACCCUCCAGCUCUUUGUCUUGUUUGUUUGCCACUCCUGGCGGCCUUUCUAUUCAGAAAACUACACGUUGGACUGCCUAGAUUAUUGAGUUAGAUUUCUUAAACUAUUACAAUCACCAUCGUUUAUUGUAGUGGUUAUGGUGAUGGACAUUGACGAGUGCAAUCUUUUUCAGCACCCUAACUUUACCCUCAUGUAUUCCUAACGCUAUAGUGCUGUUCACAUGUUUGGAUCUUACCCCUGCAAGGGUUAAAAAUGCAACUUAUCUUAUACGCCACAUUUUUUACACUGCUGGCCAUACUGGGACAGGCUUUGCGCCAAAACCACAACAAUGAGCUAUAGUGACUAUAGUAUAGACUAUAGUGUCCCUUUCAAUGCUCUAAAUAUGACACAAUCGCCAGGGAAACCAUGAGAAGAAUUCAGCACAAGCAUCUAUCAAAUAUUGUAGGUGAGUUCAUAAAUUUCUUGAAAUAGAUCAGUAAAAAACAAACAAACAAAAAAACAUUGAAGAGAAUUAGUUUCAUCUAACCAAGCCAUAAUUCGUUUAUCUGAAAUGACAGCUUGAAGUGAAAUUACAGCUCUGUGUUUUUUUUGUUUGUGUAGUUGCAUCAGAGUUUUGAAACCCUCGGAUACGAUAAACCUUCCCACCCCAAAAACAAAAACAAGGCUGCAAUGAACAUGUGAUGUCAGCAGCCACUCAGAGUCUGAUUUACAGAGCAGCUUCCCACUUUCCUGGAAACACUAAAUGGGUGUAUGCAUUUACCAUUUAUGAUCUGUUACAAAAAUACCCGAGGGUAGCUAUACGUUGUUUUCCUUUUUUGUUGUCAUUAAAAAAAAUAUAUAAUCACUGUAUUUGCUUAAUAAAGCAGCAGUUUGAAACGUAUUAUACAGACUCCACUCCAUGAGAUUAAUUUACUUACUUGGGAAAUACUUCCUUACUGGGACUCUCUGCAAGUCCAGGCUAAAUAGGGUCCUGAAAUGAGGCACCUGUGACAGGGAAAUCAUUGUUUAGUGAAUGAGAGUGUGCUGGAUUGUGUAUUUUGUAUGUUUUGGCCCCAGCAGCACCCUAUAAUGUAUGCAUGUUCAGGUGAGCGCAGCCUUCUUGGUUUCAUUUAUAUAUUUUAGAGUCCAGGCCAACUCCUGAAAUAAAUACACAUUUUAUUGUGGUUAAAGAGAUACACAUAUAACAGCAGAAGCAACAAUGCAGUCCCUGGCUAAUGUUAAAUGAUAACGUCCCUGAUGUAGGAAUGAUACAGUCACAAGAGUCUUUAGAAGCAGGAAUGCAGACAACAAAAUCCCCUUAAAGAUGUCAAUAACUACAUCUGAACAGUUAAACUCAUAGGUACCUGCAGGUAAAUUAUGUGCACAACGUUGGGGCCCUUAGGUGUAGGUAGUGCUACCCAGGUACAGUUAUAAGGGAGAGUCCUGAAGCAAUCUCUGGAGACAGUACCUUUGAAUGACUUCUGUAACUGCAGAUAUCUCCAGAGAGAUCCAGCAGAAUGUAGGACAGCAGCAGAACAUCAAUGACAAUCCUUUCUUUUCCUUCUGCAGACAGGAUGCAAAAGCUCAUUCACACUACGGCAGAAAGUUCCUGAAUCUGCAGGGAGUUGAACAUAAAAUAAGUUUUCUUAUUCUCCUAGGAGCGCAGUAGACAGUCUCCAACUUCUUGUAGUAGCAGUGCACUAGCCUCCCCUGUUUUAAUUACACAGUCCCAGCAGUAAUAGAUAAUUUUAAUAGGUAGGAGCACGCUUGCUUUAUGCAGACUCCGAGAACAUGGCUUCUCCCUUGUCCUCUUCUUCCUGCCGCCCUAGUCCUUCCUCCUCACGUGACAGGGAAAGGGCAAAGUUCAAGAUCUCAAAACAGCAAAAUAUAGCAGCCUGUUACACAUGUUGGACUCUAAUAUCAAAUAUCCUCUUCAAGAAUGAAGAGAGAACAGCUAGUUAUUAUUUGUUCAAUUUGGCAAUGCAGCAUAUAUUGCAUAUGCACACGUAUUGCACUGUUGGAGAACAUCGCAUAUCUCCAUUAGAUGUGAGUUUGCACUUGCGCGACUGGUACGAAGAACUUUUUACAAGACUAAAGCGUAUUCACCCCAGUAAACACUGCAAUAGGUGACUUUUCCUCAAGCACUUAACUUGUUGAAGUGAUUUCUUGGUUAACUGAAUGUCAUCCUUGUUCCAAAUCAAAAAAUGACAAAUUUCAAGAAAAUCAGCACUUCUAUGAAUUAAUUCAGCAUUAAUUAUCUAACUUCCACUUGAGUGAUCAUUCAAGUGGAAAUUUUCCAUAGGUAAGCAUUAUUCUAAUGCUUCCCCAUCAGAAGCAUUCUGUUGGGCGACAGACAGUAAUUGCCUUGCAUGUGCCAAUUCCAUCUAGAAGGAAGGGAGAUCGUCAUCACUGACAGUGACCAUAACCAUUCUAGCUUGCUCUAGUGGUUAUAGUACGAGGAGUUUCCUUGCGUGCUGCCAUUGUGAGUUGGAGCUCCUGUUUAUAUUAGCUAUCUUAAGACAGUAUAUGUAAUCUAUGGGUAACUUAUUGGUUCAGAGCAUUAUUAUCUUUAUUAGCCAAUUAGCUAAGCCUUACACUGCCAGGCUUGGCUCAGAGAGCUUAUGGUGUAGUGUAGCAGGUCUUGGCAGACACGAAGUAAGAAGUCACACCAUUGUAAAACAGCUUGACUCCUUACAAUGCAAAGGCACCAGGGCACUCCUGACUCCAUAGCCAUUAAAGCAUGCUGUAGUGAUCGGAGUGUGCUUUUUAAGGGACACUGUAGCAGUAGGAAUACAAAUCUGUGUUGAUAAUUUUGUAGUCUUCAUGUCUCUAGUUAUUUUAUAGGGACCAUAGUGUGCAUGGUAAAUAAUAAAUAAAAUGAUUUUAUUUACCUUUUCUCCAUUCUUGAGCCUUCCUCUGCUCUGCCGCCUGCUCCUCCUCGCAUGAUGUAAUCUUGGAGGUGUGCCUCCAGUAUUAUGAUCCAAUGCAAUGCUGCUCAUAGACUAGCAUAGAGAACCAUAGGCACAUACACAGCCAUAGAGAAUCAUUGAAUGCAAUGAUUCUCUAUGACAAGUCAUGACUGCACUAGAGGUCUGUAAAGGACCCCAGGUUUUUUUUCCACAAUGGGUAGAGGCAGCCUCUCCUUUGUACUCCGGUGGUAAAAGAGCUAAUUUGACAGUUCAACUUUGCCAAAAUAAUAAACAGAGAUCCACUAUGGUCAAAUUCCAUUUAACUGUACAAAUAUGUUUUUGGGUUUAAAGGAACACUAUAGUCAACUUUAGCUUAAUUAAGCAGUUUUUUUGCUGCUAUUUCAAUCUGUAUAUGCACACGCUAUUUCACACAACUGUUGGGAACACUUCCAAAUAAGAGGGUGGCGACCAAGUUAAAGCUAGGUCACUGUCCCUCUUGUGACACCCGAUUUCUUGUAAAAGACAGAUAAGUAACAAUUACACACUGUACUGACACUUUGCCAAAAAUAUUUCAUUUGAUUGUUUUUUUUUUGUUUUUUUUAGAUUUAAAAAUGUAUAUAAACAAGUCUUUUAUAUUAAGGUUCUCCAAGUUAUCUUGCCGGCUGUUGCUUAGCUUUAGUCGUAUUUUAAAUUGGAUGCAUUACUGCCCAAAGAUGUUUCCUGUUAUGCUCUGUGUUGAUUGAUAAAUUGCUGUUUGACUCCAUUCAAAUAUUUACAUACUGAGUUGGGAACAAUCUGUUUUUAUUCUGUUCUGUUUUUCUGUUGUUGCGUUCUCCAGCUCUAACGUUAUCUGUAAAUCCUGUAGAAAUAUUAGAGCAGGUUUAUUUUGUGAACCACUGCUAUGUCUAUCUUUAACGGUUUAUUCUACAGAUUCAGAAUAAAUACAAGGUUUUAUAUUAUUAUGGCAUAUUUGCUUUUUCAGACUAAAAAGACCAUUCCAAACACUCCUUGCCAAUUUAAAUUUUAAAGUGAUCAGAAAAAAAAAGUGGGCUUUGGGUAAAUUAUGGCUGAGGACUGGGACUGUGUGAGAAUUACAGCAAAGACAAUUAGUGUAUACUAACACUCUCUCAGGAAUCAUUUCCAUGUCUCUAAUUCAUUCUUAUAGAGGUCCCAAGUGCAGAAAUACAGGAUAGGGAAUGAACCCUAACAAGGUUAUUCACAAAAGCAGGGAUAGGGCAACUUCAGCACUCCAUAUGUAAUGGACUACAUCUCUCAUAAUGCUCUUACAGACAUAAUGCCGGCAAAGCAUCAGAGGAGAUGUAGUCCACAUCAGGAGUGCUAGAUUUUGCCUGCUCUAAAGUGAGAAUUCAAAGUGAAUCUCCAAUUUUAGACCAGGGCUUCCCAUUAGGUAGAUCCCCCAGAUGUUGUAGAACUAGAACUCCCAUGAUGCCUUGUCAUUCUAAAGCCAUGCAGAACAUCAUGGGAGUUGUAGUUCUACAACAUCUGGGAGGGGCGUGGGGGAGACAGAGGGGCCUACCUAACGGGCAGCCCUGUUUUUAGACCAAUGUAGGUAAACUGGAAUAAUUUUAGGUGACUUAAGGAAUUUUUUUUCAGUUUGGCUAUGUUGCCUUAUAUUUCCAUUUUCUUUUUUUUAUUCUCACUUUAGUGAAUAACCCUGUUACUUCUCUAGUGCGGCACAGUUUAGUAUUGCAGUUUUCCUUAUUUCUCUGCUCCAUCCCAAAUAAAACUCCAAUUUAAUGUCCUGUUUCCUGAGGAUGGCACAACGUUCUAGAAUAGGGAGUAAUGAAAUCACAUUUCAAUUAUAGGUACACUCACUCUAUGCACCAAAAACCUUUAGCCUGAUGAAUCAGCUUUGGUGUGUAAGGCAUACCACUGCAGUCUCACUGCUUAAUUUGGUGAGAAUUUAAAUUACUUUGUUUAUGCAGCCCAACUUCCUCUCCCCUGACUGUAAAUCACACAACCUCUGUGAAAAAAGGUUUCAUUUUCAAUCGGAUCUUACAGUACAGUUUGCUUACUUUAGAAGUUCUUAUUCCCUACACUAUUAAUUGACCUUUACAUACACUAUAGUCACCAGAACAACUACAGUGUAAUGUAGUUGUUCUGGUGAGUAUAAACAUUGCCUUCAGGCAUUUUCAUGCAAAAAAUGGGCACCUCCAAGUGGGCACUGCUCAGCCACUGGAGGUGCUUCCUGGAGCAGUGCUGCACAGUAGGCAUUGUAGAAUUGAUUCAAUGCAUCUCUGUGGAGGUGCUGUUUUGGCAAAAACAGUUUGGCCCCGCCCCCAUCCUGCCUCCCUAAUGCUUAAGAUGUCCCCAUGGAGGCGGAUCAGGGGUGGGGCCAGCGUCAGUGGACCCGCGCGGCGCUGGAAAUAAGGGGCGUAUUUAACAUUUGCUAAGGGGCGACAAGCCACUAUGGGGUCAAGAAUAUAUGUUUGUGUUUCUGACCCAAUAGUGUUCCUUUAAUCACACCGCACAUAGCAGGAGAUUGAAGAAGAAGAAAAAAAAAAAAGCACAAUGCAAUAACGGAAGCUAAACACCUUUUGACUCUUGUUCGUGAAAUGUGUAGGAAGACUGUGUAAGUCACAGCCAGUGGAGCUUUUAGGGUUGCAAAAAAAUAAAUAAAAAUGAUUUACCUCCUAACUCCUAACUUUGGCAUGUGAAGUAUGCUAAUGUUACACUAUUUAAGGAAUUUUAAAACCAUUUUUUUUUCUUUCAGUAGUUCCAUUUGCAAAGAUGCACUAUUAUCGCUACAGCACGGCGGAGGUGAGCUGCUGUUACAAGUACCUGCUUUUUAGCUACAACAUCAUAUUCUGGGUGAGAUUCUUAACCACUUUAUAUUGGUCAUUGUAAUGUAAUAUGCACACAUUAUGUAUUCUAGAACUGUAUAUAAAAUUGUUUUGUAUGGCAAAAUAAUGGUUAAGUGGUUUAUCUUGAUAUGUCAGAUGUGAUCUGACAAGAGAUGCUUGCUUCAUCUUCCAAGUGUAGCGACUAUACUAAACAAUUAGUUGUGGCUAAAAAAACAACUUUCAAAAUUAAAGCCAACAUCAGGUGAAAAAUUAAAAAAAACUUUUCAGCUCAGCUGAGCUUGAAAUUGAUUUUCAAGUCUCCAGAACUUUCUAAAGUGAACAUAUCAGAUCUGUCUCAGUCAUGUUUCAUUGUUUGUAUUCUCUUACCUAGUUAUUUUAUUGUUUUUUAUUCGAUUUUGCAUCUAGCAGUUUACCAACUGAUCCUUUAUUAUUUUUUUUUGUAAUGUGUAUUUUAUUGGAGUUUGACAUCUCACCAAAAUUACAUCGGAAUCGUAGUAUAUAGAAAAGAACAUAUCAACAUGUUUGCAGGUUUUCUGUUAGUCACUGUGGCAUCACCUGUGUGGAACUUAAAGGACCACUAUAGGCACCCAGACCACUUCAGCUUAAAGGACCAUUAUAGGCACCCAGACCACUUCAGCUUAAUGAAGUGGUCUGGGUGCCAGGUCCAGCUAGGUUUAACCCUUUUUUUCUAUAAACAUAGCAGUUUCAGAGAAACUACUAUGUUUACAUAUGGGUUAAUCCAGCCUCUAGUGGCUGUCUCAUUGACAGCCGCUAGAGGGCCUCUGCGCUUCUCACUGUGAUUUUCACAGUGAGAAGACGCCAGCGUCCAUAGGGAAGCAUUGUGAAUGCUUUCCUAUGGACUGACUGAAUGCACGCGCGGUUCCUGCCGCGCAUGCGCAUUCAGCCGAAGAGGAGGAUGAGAGCUCCCCGCCUGGCGCUGGAGAAAGAGGUAAGUUUAACCCCUUCCUCCCCCCAGAGCCCGGCGGGAGUGGGACCCUGAGGGUGGGGGCACCCUCAUGGCACUAUAGUGCCAGGAAAACAAGUGUGUUUUCCUGGCACUAUAGUGGUCCUUUAACUUUUGUCAUAAUCCUCAACUGGUGGUUUAAGGAUAUGUAGGCCUCACUAAACCACAGUAAACAUUCUAUCUACAUAUUGCGCAAACAGCAUUAUGUGUCUAUUGAUGUAUCCGCGUGUUGUAGGCUUAUGGGGUUACAUUUAGUUUGGGGUGUUAGAUAUCUGGCUACUUUUGGCGGCUGGGGGAGGGGGAGGGGAGUUAGUAGUAGAGUGUGAGUGCUGGUGAGUGUGGUAGGUGUUUAUGUGAUCACGAGGGUUAUCAGGUAGGAUUAUUUUUUGGCAUUGCCGCUGUAAAUCAGCUUUUGGGGGUCUGCUUAGCCCUUGCUUCCCUGCAGCUAGUCUGAGUAGUGUCUCUGGUGGGAAGGUUUAGUUGCUGGAGGAACAGAGCUCAAUCAUCCUCCGAGGCUAGGGCGAGUGACUGGUCUCCCUUCAGAAACUGUUAUGAGCCGUCAGUUCCCCAUCUGUAGUGGAUCGCUGCCUCUCGGAGCUGUUUCGCUAUCGGUGCAAGUAGUCUCCGCCUCAUCAUUGCUGCAAAAGGGAUGUCCCCAUAGAUUGCCACUGUAUGCCCCUCAAAUUGUAUAUUAUUGAGUCUCUAGUCACGUCUAGUCUAGUGAGGCGGCCGCUGCUUUCCGAAUUCGGAAUGCGGUAAGCAGUAUGCCUGGAUCCUUGCCGCCUUUUUUGGCCAUCAGUCUCUGUACAUAUGGCAGUAGGUCAUCCCCACCAACGGUUUCCAGAUGCCUCGAAGGCAGACAUUCUGCUUCCUGUGUCUCGCUUCCAGUGCCGUGACGGUUCUGGUUAGACUUUGGACUUGUUGUGUGAGGUCUUGUAUUUGGUCUUGGGUUACUUGCAGAGUGUGGUCCCAGGCAUCUUCUCUACCUUCGACCGCAGUUAUUAGUGUCUGGAGGGCCCCCAUCUCCUUCCGAGUGUCUUUGAUGUCUGCUUUCCAGACCUCCCUCAUCUCCUGCAGUAAUUUCCUGAUGUCUCUUUGUUACCGGAGAUGAGUCUUCCUCUGACUCCGAAUCCCGAUACGAGGUGAGGCUCCCUCCAUCAUCCUGAGAGUCCUCUGAGGCCGCCUCCUCGCUGCGCGCCUGCGGUACCAUUUUGUUUGGAGCCUGCAGUGUAGGCCUCUUGAAUGUACAGAGUGGAAUAUUAUCAUAUGGGUAGUCAUGCGGAUCAGAGCUUGUAAUCCUAGCCAAAGAGGCUUAAUGUCUUGGCAUUCCCAGAAGACAUGUAAUAGUGUACCCUGGGCGUUCUCGCACCUCCAGCAGAGAGGGGAGACUGUGUCGUACAUCUUGGCCAGUCUUUGAGGCACCAUGUACCAUCGCAUCGUGAUUUUGCUGAAGGACUCCCACAUGGAAAGGCUGCUAGAUGCUCUUUUAGUGAUGGAUAUGGCCUUGUGUCAUUGUUGUAGCGUGAGUUCCUUCCCAAUAUCCCUUUCCCACUGUGCCAUGUACGGGAGUUUGUAUGGGGUAGCAUCUUCCCAAAGAGCAGUGUAAUGUAGUUGUUCUGGUGAGUAUAAACAUUGCCUUCAGGCAUUUUCAUGCAAAAAAUGGGCACCUCCAAGUGGGCACAGGGAGAGGGGUUUGAUAGUGCGGGAGGUCAUCAGGUACUGUGGGUUGUGAGCUUUAGGACUUUGUGUAGCCCUUGCGCCCUGAUCUUCGGUUUGUAAGAUGGGGGGGGGGGGCUGCAGCAGUGCUCUUGUGCAUUUCAAGAUCGGCCUGUUAAUGGGAAUUGGGGCGCCCACCCAUAGAGCCUGUGUUAGCUGUGUCGAGUAUGUACAGGCAUCUUCAAAGGAUAGCCAGAUAGGGGUGGGUGCUUCCGUAGAAGCCCUGAGUAGUCUCACUCCCUGAGCCAGCAAGGAAGCCCAGUAGUAGAGCCGGACGUCCGGCAGGCCUAAGCCCCCCAGUUUGUAAUGGAGGCCCAGGGUUUUAUUCAUUAUUAGAGGGGGUUUCCAUUUCCACACAUGAGCGUUUGUUACUGAUUGGAGUCUUUUAACGAGGCGGGACGGUAGUUCUAUAGAAAUGGUUCUAAAAAGGUAAUAUAUGCGGAAGAAUCAUCAUUUUAAUAGAGUUAAUGCGUCCUAGCCAGGAGACCUCUAGUUCUUCCCAUGAUGACAUUUGGGUUUUGAGUUUUUGGAUCAGAGGGAUGUGAUUCUCUUCUGUCAGUGUGUGCACGGAUUUGGUGAUUUUUUUUUUUCAUCCCAAAGUAGGAGAGUGACUUCUUCCUCCAAUUGAAUACGUAGGUGCUUUCAAGUUGUGUUGUGAGUGUGUGCGGUAAAAGAACAGGGAGAGCUUGUGUUUUUACGGUGUUGUUUUUGUAGAAGCUUACUUCGCUGUAUUUAGCUAGGAGAUCGUGGAAUGGAGUGCACCGGGUUUGUUAUGUAUAGGAGAAUAUCAUUGACGAACAGUGCCAGCUUUUGUUAGCCCUUUGGUGUGGAAAUGCCUUGAAUGGCUGAUGUGUCGUAUCAGGGUUGAUAGAAAACCUGUGCUGAAAACUUUUGCUGAAGGGUCCUGAUAUAGGGCCAGGAUGCUGGUUAUGAACACUGGGGGGAUUUCCCAUUUUGGCAAGCAUUAGUUGCAUGUACCGUCAAUUUAGGCGGUCAAACGCUUUUUCAGCAUCCAGCGCUAGCAGAACUACCCCCUGGCGUGUGGAGUGGGCCCAUUCUAUGAGGUUAAUAAAGUGUCUAGUGUUGUCGCCUACAUGUUUACCCAGGACGAAUCCCUCCUGUUCUUCAGAGAUUAGGGUGGGGAAGAGUGGUUUGAGCCUGUUAGCCAGCAGUUUGGCAUACAACUUGAUGUCAGCGUUGAGUAGGGAAAUAGUUCUCAGGUUGGCGCAGACCGUCGAGGUUUGUUUGGUUUGGGAAUGCUUCCAGCAUUUCUUUAGGCAUUUUUCCGGUUUGUUUAAUGUGAUUGAAGAGUUUGGUGAUAUGUGGAGUUAGUGUGGAUCUGAAUCUGUGAUAGUAAUAGUUGGAUAGCCUGUCCGGGCCAGACGAUUUGUGCUUAGGCAUAGUAGCAAACGUGUCAGCCACCUCCUCGCAUGUGAAAGGGGCCUCUAGAGUCGCUUGUUGUUCCGUUGUAAUGAGUGGGAUGCGGGUGUGGUUCAGGAAGAGAGUAAUUUCCUCGUCCGAGGGUUGGUGUGCGUGUGAGGAUCCCUGUCGAGCUGGUACAGGGAAGCAUAGUAGGAGGCUAGUUUCUCAACUAUGUGGUGUGGGUUGUGCAAUUUGUCACCUGUCGUGGAGAGAAUGUAUGGAAUUUUUGUGUGUAAAUAUUUCUGUUUGUCUCCUAGCGAGUAGCAUUCCUGCCUUAUUCCCUGCAGUGUAAUGAGUUUGUUUAAAGGGACACUAUAGUCACCUGAACAACUUCAGCUUAAUGAGGUUGUUCAGGUGAGAACUAUAGCUCCCUGCAGCCUUUCUCAUGUAAACACUGUAUUCUGAGAAAAUACAGUGUUUACAUUGAAAGCAAGGAACACCUCCAGUUGCAGUCACUCAGAAUGCCACCAGAGGGACUUCCGAGUUGAUUGAGGUAUAAAACUCCUCAAUCCACUCAGAUUUGCUGUCAGCAGAGCACAGGGCAGCACUGUGUCUCCUCCCAGUGCAUGCAGGCACUGAACUUUCCUCAUAGAGAUUCAUUGAUUCAAUUCAUCUCUAUGAGGAGAUGCUGAUUGGCCAGGGCUGUGUUUGAAUCAUGCUGGCUCUGCCCCUGAUCUGCCUCUUUGUUAGCCUCAGCCAAUCCUACGGGGAAGCACUGUGAUUGGAUCAGGCUACCACUUCUAAUGAUGUCAGCAGACUUUUUUUUUUUUUUUUUUUUAAAGCAAACAGCAUGCAGAGUUACAGCUUCUGGCUUGUAUACAGUAACAUUUUUACUAAAUUUAUGGAGGCAUGAGGGUGUUCCUGACCCUAUAGUGUUUCUUUAAGGUAUCUCAUGUGCUUUUCUGUUGUAGCAAUUUUGAGGUUGUGUAGGUCAGUCCGGACUUGUUCCAGUUGCUUAUGAGUGUGUUUGUUCGGGUCAGGGGUAAUGGGGGUGGUGCACGCUUCGUGUCGUGUGGAAAAAAAUCUGUGAGGUGGGUGUUGAUGGUAGAGUAGGUGGUGGGGCAAUCUAGGAGAGCCUCAUGGAGGCGCCAGGACACCGUGCCUCGAGCCGAGUACGGGCGUGUAGGGAAGCAAUUCCAUUAUACCAUUUAUUGUGCCUACUAAGUUAAAGGACCACUAUAGUGCCCUGAGGGUGACCCCACCCUCAGGGACCCCCUCCCGCCCGGCUCUGGAAGGGGGAAAGGGGUAAAAACGUACCUUUUUCCAGCGCUGGGCGGGGAGCUCUCCUCCUCCGAUCCUCCUCUGUUCCUCCCCGUCGGCUGAAUGCGCACGCGCGACAAGAGCUGCGCGCACAUUCAGCCAGUCGCAUAGGAAAGCAUUCACAAUGCUUUCCUAUGGACGCUGGCGUGCUCUCACUGUGAAAAUCACAGUGAGAAGCACGCAAGCGCCUCUUGCGGCUGUCAAUGAGACAGCCGCUAGAGGCUUUGGGGGAAGGCUUAACCCAUUCAUAAACAUAGCAGUUUCUCUGAAACUGCUAAGUUUAUAAAAGAAUGGGUUAAUCCUAGCUGGACCUGGCACCCAGACCACUUCAUUAAGCUGAAGUGGUCUGGGUGCCUAGAGUGGUCCUUUAAGCAUGCGGCCAUCCCAACUCAUGUGUUGCUUGCUAGGGGUGAAACCCAAUAAUCAUGAAAGUACACGGAGACCCCUUUUGAUUUUGUUGGGCAAUAUGCGUGGUAUUCUUGGGAGUAGUGCUGCCCCGGAAGUGCGCAUGUCUUGGGCUGUUAGCCUCUGUUUGUGGGGACUAUUUAGGCCUUUCACAUUAAGGGAGAAUAUAACCAUAGAGUUAGGCAUGCACAUGAGCUAGGUUAUGUGAGUGCACGCCAUAGCGGUUACAUCCCGUGGGUUUGCUUGGCGUUGUGAGUGCAGAGGAAACUUUGUGCCUGUGUGUGGGCAAUCCGGAGCCCCACUCCUUUCUGUGCGGGCCGUAGCUUCCCUGCAUGGCUGUUGGUGUAACCAAGUUGAGCAUAGGUAGACACAGUGAACCCAGAAAAACAUGAAAAAAUACAUAUAAAACAAACAAGGUAUAUACAACAUUCCCUAAUAAGAUAGGGUAUUUUGUGGUGUUCGGUCAGCUGCUAAGCCUAGUACUCGAGAGGCAUACUCAACUGGGUGGGUUGGAGUUAACCUACGUGGUUCGGCUUCGUACCCGGACCCUUUAAACAUACUUGGUAACAUGUAGCUAUCUCAGUACAGCCUUAAUUAUGCUAAAUAUGUGUGAGAAUCAACCCACCCUCAUGGUUAUGCAGUCGUGUUUUUUUUUUUUUUUUUGUGGAUUUGUGUCCUCUACCCCAUCGGCGAGCGGAGUAGUCCCCAGUCUCUGAGAAGGCGUAGGCCAUCCUCCGGCUGUUCUAUGAUGUGAUUCUUGUUGUUCCUCCAGAUGAUAAUCUUAGUGAUCUUAACCCCAACGGUAUUGUACAGCAUGGUUACGGAGGGUCUUCGUGACUGAGAUAAAUUCUCUACGUUGGCUCAUUGUGAGAGCUGAUAAAUCUGCAAAUAAUUGCACCUCUUGGUGCGGUUCUGGAAGUGUCGUGAGUUUGCGCGUUGUAGCCAGCAGCAUGUCCUUUGAUCUGUAGUAGUGGAAUCUGACCACCACAAUGCGCUGGGUAUCUGCCGUAAAGCGUUGCGGACUAGGGAGGCGGUGCGCUCUGUCCCUGAGCCAGUCCGCAGCUUCCAGUGCUGGCAGCACAGCUUGACAUAGGCCUUUAAUGUAGUCAGGCAGUGCAUCAUGCGUUAUGGUGUCAGGGAUGCCUCUGAACCUGACAUUGUUUCGCCUAGAACGAUCUUCCAUGUCUGCCUGCUUUCUUUUUAACGGUGUCUGUUCGUCUGUGAGGGCUUGCACUCUAGCCUCCAUGUCAUUAUAUGCAGAGCAAAUCUCUUCAGUGCGUACCUCUAGACGGUCCGUACUGGCCCCAGCUGACAUUUCCCGCUUAAAUUCCGCCGUCAUUUGCUGGAAGUCAGUGUGUAGAGUGGCCCUAAGUUCCUGCAGCAUCGUGUACAGCCUUUUUUCACUCACCGGGGUGUCGGUGUAACGGCUUUAGGGAGCCUCUAUUUCCUGAUGACCCUCUUAGAGAGAGGUAGGAGCCACCUCGUUGUCGCCAUCUUGGCUGGACCGGAGCCGGUCUUUUUUGGCGGAUCCGAUCAGAUCCCUAAGCUUCAGUUGCUUGGAAGGCGCCAUGAGGUUGACUGCAGCUCAGCAGAGCUCUGUUUAUCCGUUUUUGGUAGCUUUAUGCCGGCUGUCUGUGUAGCUAUUGGGUCCAUCAGGCCUGGGAGCCCUCACUUCAUCAGUCCUGCUCAGUCGGCGGGGUGUGUGUAUUAUGGGCCUAAUGAUGUCCCAGUGGUAGCAAGUAAAUUGCGAGUAGCAUACGAGACAAUAUGGAUCCUUGUGGAACUCCGCAGGCCACUCUCUCUGUGAUCUACCAGUGAUGAAAGAUUUAAACCAGUUAAGGACUGUCUCUCCUAGACCACAGAUGUGCUGCAAGCUGAGAGAUCCAAGAGGAUUAGGAUGGAGUCACUAAGUCUCUCGCCAUAAGGAGAUCAUUUAGCACUCAGACUAGCUUUGUUUCAGUGAUGUGGCGGAAUCUGAAACCUGACUGGAAAAGAUCAAAGAUAUUCAAGCUUGAUAGAUGGGCCUCCAGUUGAGUUGCCACUACUUGUUCAAUUAUUUUCCCCAGAAAUGGAAGGUUGGAUACUGGUCUGUAAGUAGCCAUGCAGUUUGGGUCUAAUAAAGGUUUCUUUAGGAGUGAUUUUACCACAGCUUCUUUUAGAGGAUCUGGGAAGUCUCCAGUUUUUAGUGAACAGUGCACUAUUUUUGUGAGGGCUGGGGCAAGUGUUUCAGUGCAUGCAGAUAUAAGCUGGAGCAGGGUUUAAGUCACAUGUAGUAGAGUGUAACUUUUGCAUGGUUCUUUUAACUCCCCUUAUAUCCACAUUUGUAAUAGUGGACCAUAAACUGGGGCGCCUGAAGAAAGUGUGUGUGUGUGUGUGUAUGUAUGUAUGUAUGUAUGGGCCCAGGGGCUAAUUGUGUGUCUAUGGAGGGGCAGUGUGUGUGUGUGUGUAUAUGGGAUGCCAGUGUGUGUGUAUGGGGGGAGUUAUUGUGUCCUGGGAGGUAUUAUCGGCAAUAUCGGUGUCUAUAUUUGCCGAUACCGAUAUUGCCGAAAAUACCGAAUAUCUGCCGAUUAUAUCGGUAAAACCGAUAAUCAGUCGAUCCCUAGUAGGAGGGCAAAUUCAUGAAUAUAUAACUUCUUUUUUUUAUUAAAAAAUAAUUAUUUUCAUAUUCACCCUCCCUGCUUACCUUUGCCUAGGAGUGGGACAGUCCUAAUCCAUGGUGGCCUGGUGGAGAAGCCCUGGCGGUCCUAGUGGUGGGAGUGAACUCUAGCCUGAUUCAGAGCGUUGCCAUGGUAACCGCUGCAACGCUCCGAGCUCGCAAGAGCUGCAGGUUAGAGUUCUCUCCCUGGUGCUCCCUCCCCUGCUGGCAGCAGCAUUACAGUGCUAUCAGGCCGGUUAGGGAGCUAUAUGAUCUUCCCUCCGGUACUGCAGAGCUGGCAGGGAAGAGUGAGGCGCAGUUCCCGGUGCUACGAUUAUAUGACCAUAGCACCAGGAAAAUAUCUUGCGUUACACCUGUGUGCCUGUCCUAGGGCACUGGGGCACACAGUUUGGCAACCGUUGGUAUAACUUAUAACUUUUAAUAUUUGAAUAACUGCUUGAUCCUUGGAGAGAAUGGACUUUCACUUUGGGGUCGAGAAGGAAUUUUUUCCUAGUUUGUUACAAAAAGGAAGGCACUUCAAACUGGAUUUUUUUGCCUUAAUUUGUAUUAAAGGACCACUAUAGACACCCAGACCACUUCAGCGCAAUGAAGUGGCCUGCGUGCCAGGUCCAUCUAGGGUUUAACCUGCAGCUGUAAAAAUAGCAGUUUCAGAGACACUAUGUUUACACUAGGGUUAAUCCAGCCUCUAAAUCCAGCCUCUAGUGGCUGUCUCACUGACAGCCGCUAGAGGCGCUUCUCACUGCGAAAAUCACAAUGAGAGGACGCUGACGUCCAUAGGGAAGGAUUGAGAAAUGCUUUCCUAUGGACUGUUUGAAUGCGCGCGCUGCUCUUGCAGUGCAUGCACAUUCGGCGCUGACGUCAGCAGAGGGAGGAGAGUUGCCUGGCGCUGGAGAAAGGUAAGUGUUUAACCCCUUUAGCCCAGCGGGAGUGGGACCCUGAGGGCGGGGGGACCUAUAGACCCUAUAGUGGUCCUUUAACAUCAAAAAUAGAUAUGAGUAAAGCGUCACUUGAAGGACCCAUGUAACUUUUCAGCUUUUGUAACUAUGGAUUUGGUCUCUGUAGGCUUAUUUUUAUUAAUUGUAAUCACAAUUUACUACAACAUGUGAUACCAACAUGCAAAAAGGUUAUUAUAUUUUAUGUUUUUGCUAUUUUGAUCUGCAUCUUAAAAGUUCUUGCCAGUUCACUAGAAUUUUUUUUUUUUCUCAUCUUGUUUUCCUGAUUGUUCAAUUUCCUGAUUCCUUGUUUUAUUUCUUCUUCCUUCUUCCAUUGUUUCCCCCUAUUUGUUUAAUGUUUCACCCAUUUAUUUAUCAUGCUGCAGGCCUGUUACUGCUCCCUCACUGUGGAGUGUGAAUGAUUGUGUUACUGUGUGCAUCACUGCUUCACACUUAACUUUGUAAAGCCGCAGGCAGUACAGGCUUGUUACACUUACUAGACUAAAAAUAUAACAAGAAGCCAAAGCAGAAUAAAAUAGCUCAUCCUUUGAAGGAGGAGAGUUGAUUUUCUUUAGAUCAGGGGUCUCAAGGGGCUGACUGCCUAAACACUUUUAUAUGUCACUGAGUGACCAAUCCUGGAUUGCUGGUCUGCAGUCACUUUAUGGGAGUGUUUAUCUGUGUGUGUGUCUGUGUGUAUGGGAGUACUGAUAGCAGUGUAGAGGCACACACCUUGCAGUACGUGCCCAUGUAAGAAGAUGACCACUUGGCCAAGUGAACUGACUUUAAAAUCCCUGCUUUAGAUUAAGUGAGAGAGAAGUCAAAUAAACUGAAAUAAGAAAUUAUAAACUAAUAAGGGUACAGGGAUGCCAUAUAUUUCACAUUCGUUGCAGCUUGAAAACUGUCAGAAAUAUAUUCAUUAUUUGCACACAAAAAAACCUGAUUGCUCAAGCUCACCAUAACAAGCACCAGCAUUAUCCAUGAAAGAAAUCACAAACCCUGGACGUUUAUCAACUAUAGAUUCAAUGAGGCUACAGGCACCCACUACCAUAUAGAGUAAUUCCCAAUUGUUCCUGAAGAUUCUGCUCUCUUUGACCCAUGUUUAUCAACACAUAUUGACUACAAAGCAGACUAAUGUUUGACUUUUGUCCUCUCAACAGUUAUCUGGUAUGGUUCUUCUGGGAAUAGGACUUUGGGCAUGGAGUGAAAAGGUAAGGACUGUGUUGAGUUUUGUCUGUUAAGUCAUGAAAUGGUAUCUUUUUCUUACAGACUAUUAAUGAGACCUCAUAAUAGUCUUACUGCAUGAAAUCAUGUAACAAUGUUUUAUUUUUAUUUUUUUGAUGCAUGACUACAAUUUUUUACAAAAUUAUUUUUUUUUUUUUGAAUCUUUCGUUUUUAUUGAAAGGAAUUUGACAAGAAAGUUUGGCUCGCAGGCCUUCAUGAGAGACAUUCGUAUAGGUCUCAUACAAAUAUAAUGUUAAACUGUUUGCACGCAAAAGAUCAAACUUUAAAACAGUGCUUGUUGACCCUACGAUUUGUUGUUAAACAUUAAUAUUUCAUAAAAACCGACCACAAAAGCGUACUCAUAUCUGCCUCACUGUGGGAAAACGUUCUCAGAAGCGACACAAUACCAUGGACUCGGGUUCGCAAGAUAUUUGAGAUCUAACAAAAAAACCCUACCUCAGUGAGAGAAAACCCUUGUUGAGCCCGUAUUGGUUGCGCAGUAAUUAAAGGGGGGUAACCCCAGAUUAAUAUCAGAAGAAAGAAAAUCGUAACAAGCCUUCCGAAAAGGCCUAAAACCGAUACAAUUACUCACAGAAUUUGAAUAUUACCAAUUGAACAAUAUUCGGGAUAAAUGUUAAGAAGAAAUGUUUAUUCGUUAACAUGGUACUGCCUUAUUAGAUCCCACAUAGGGGGAAAACACUCACUGAAGUAAAAAAAUCAUUAAAAUUGGUUAAAUACAAAGAAUUUUUAUAGAUUAGGAAGAUACUAUCUAGGCCAGUGGUAGUCAACCCUUUUCUACCUACCGCCCACAAAUGCAUCUUUUUGGUUGAAAAAAUGUGUUCUGCAAAUUGAUAAUAGACUAAGUACCAGAGAGAAUACUAGAAAUAAGACCAGAUGUAUGACUAUGUCUUUAACAUAGUCAUCCCUCUGUUCCUGACCUUCAUAUACAGUCCGAACCUGAACCCAUCCAAUUGGGGGUCACUAGACUGUCAGAGGCCGAGAAACAAUAUAGGAGAAACGAAGGUCUAUAUUUAUACUGCGGUAGUAAUGGACAUAUGAGAGACAAUUGUCCCAUUCGUCCAAAGAAACUACCGCGCCUAAGCUGCCUUAAGGAGACAGGUCUUGGGUAUAAUGGAGACGUCCUCUGAAAAAAAUAAAUAUAGACUUCUCAUUGAUAUUUCGAUUUAUUCUUGACCAAAAUAACUUUUCAUGCACAGCACUGAUGGACUCAGGGGCUGCUGGAAAUUUCAUUGAUGUCCAAUUUGUCAAGGAUAAUACUAUACCUAUCAAGGAGAGACUAUCACCCCUAGCUGUUGAAGCUAUUGAUGGGAGACCGCUCUCACAACCAUUGAUAACACAUGAAACCUUACCCAUUAAUAUUUCCAUUGGUGCCUUACAUAAGGAAGAGAUUACAUUUCAGGUGAUUGCAUCUCCUUCUUGUCCUAUCAUAUUAGGAUUCCCAUGGCUUAGCAAGCAUAAACCCUCGCAUUGACUGGGCUAAUGGGGGAAAUAUUAGAAUGGGGUAAGGAGUGUAAUGAAAGGUGUAUAUUGCAUGUCACCAAACGAGUGGGCACUAUUGAAUUACCCACCAGUACACAUCAAAAUCCAGAGAUCCCUAUACAAUACCAAGACAUUAAAGAAGUAUUCAGCAAGACUCAGUCUAAUCCUCUACCUCCUCAUAGACCAUAUGACUGUUCCAUUAACUUACUACCAGGUGCUAUGCCACCUAAGGGAGCAGUCUAUGCUCUGUCACCUCAGGAGAGUAGUGUAAUGGAGGAAUAUAUUAAGGAUUCAAUGAAUAAAGGCCAUAUACGAAAAUCAUCCUUGCCUGCUGGUGCAGGAUUCUUUUUUGUAUCUAAAAAGGAUGGUGAGUUGUGCCCAUGUAUCGAUUACAGGGCAUUGAACAAAUUCACCAUUAAGAAUGCCUACUCAAUUCCUCUUAUUGCUGAAUUAUUUGACAGACUCCAGGGUGCUAAAGUGUUUACUAAGCUUGACCUUAGAAGCGCUUACAAUUUAGUGAGAAUCAAGGAAAACCACGAGUGGAAGACUGCAUUUAAUACCAGAAGUGGACACUAUGAAUAUCUAGUGAUGCCAUUUGGGUUGUGCAACGCUCCAGCGGUUUUCCAAGAUUUCAUUAGCGAUGUACUCAGGGAUCACAUUUACUCGUUUGUCUUGGUCUAUCUGGAUGAUCCUUGGAGAGGAUCCUUAUUUAUUCUUCUGACAUUCAGUCUCACCACGAUCACAUUAAACAAGUUAUGCAAACUUUGUUCAAAAGCAAGAUAGCUGUAAGUCAAUCUCGUGGGACUAGGUAAGUAAUAAAGAAAGUAAGUAAAGAAAUAAUAAAUUAAAAAAUCAAAUAAAUAAAUGAAGAGUAUAGCUGGUAAGGUCAAGUUGGGACAUACAUAGAGUAUCAUGCUGGUCUAUCAAAUAUGGGACGACAUGCUUUAAGAUUAACUUAACCUUACCAGCUAUACUCUUCAUUUAUUUAUUUGAUUUUAUUUAUUAUUUCUUUACUUUCUUUAUUACUUACCUAGUCCCACGAGAUGGACUUACAGCUAUCUUGCUAAGACGACUAGAUAUUCACAAGAGAAAGGGAGGAGGGUAUUAGAUUUUGUUAAGGGGUGCCCUUGAAGGCACAACAGAGUAGGGAAUUUUACUAUCUGCAGCUUACUGUUUUGUUUCCUAUCUGAUAAACGAUACAAUUCUCCCCCUGUACAAACAAGAUACAAUUGCAACAUUGACAUCUUGUUACAUUUUUGUAACAUACAAUUCUGUAUGGUGCGAUCAUUUAAUCAUUUCCAACUUGUAUAUAAUUGUUCUCCUUUUUUCUUCUUUCUUUUGUCUGAGGUGUGUGUGUCAUAUGAGUAACCUGACCUCUUUUCCCUAGAAGGUCACUCAGUUUGUAAUAUACUAGAGCAAGAAACGUCCCAUAUCAUUCCCCCGGAAUGUAUUCUUGCGUCCACUGUCCUUUCAUUGUCCUCUCCACUGCUUGGCUCCAUCAUGGAGGCUCAGUCUCAGGCGCCCUGCAUUAAACCUCAGGACAAAUUGUUUGUUCCAUUGGGGGAAAGGGUUAAUAUCAUGAAGGUGUUUCACAACAAUGUGUCUGCUGGUCACCAUGUAUUAAUAAAUACAUUUCUGCUAUCAUGCGGUCUUUCUGGUGGGAUUCCCUCAGGAAGGAUGUUAAGGAGUAUGUGCAGGCUUGUUCUGUUUGUGCGGUUUCCAAAGUAACUCAUAAACUCACUUGUGGUUUGUUGCAACCUCUUCCUAUUCCUGAGGUCCCAUGGUCCCACUUGUCCAUGGACUUCAUUGUUGAACUUCCUAGUUCUAAUGGUUAUACCACUAUUCUCAUGAUUGUGGACCGUUUUUCUAAAAUGGCUCAUUUUAUUCCACUCAAGAAAUUGCCAUCAUCUCAGGACCUGGUACUAAUCUUCAUACGAGAAAUUGUCCGUCUGCAUGGCAUUCCUCACAAUAUAGUAUCUGCUAGAGGUUCUCAGUUUGUGUCCCGGUUUUGGAGGGCCUUCAAUAAACAAUUAGGGAUUGAAUGGUCUUUUUCAUCUUCUUACCACCCCCAGACCAAUGGUACAGCUGAGAGAGCUAACCAGUCCUUGGAAUUAUAUUUGCGUUGUUUCAUUAUUAGCACUUAAGACAAUUGGUCCGAAUUACUACCAUGGGCCGAGUUUGCUAGGAACAAUGCUGACCAUGACUCCUCUGGGCAUAGUCCAUUUUUUGUUAAUAAUGGUCGGCAUCCUACUGUCCUACCGGCUGUUUUUUCUGAUACGGCUAUUCCUCCUUUGGAUGAUCGUCUGGCUUCCAUCCGUGAUACCUGGGUUAAAGUUCAAUCUGCUCUGGGUACUGCUGCUGACCGUUUCUUCUUUUGUCCCCGCCCCCACCCCACCCCUUCAGUCUUUCCACUAACCCCUAUUCAGCAUACCUUGGAUGCUUUUUCACACUGUAUGUGUGAGGAGAGAACAGGGAUGUGAUGUCACUUCCAAUUUUCAUCCCUCUUCCCGACAUACACAGUGCCGUGGAGGAUAACAAAGACUGUCCGCAGCGGUCCGCCAUGACGGCUGCCCUAGAGGCCACUCUUACCCUCGCACCACAGGAAUAAUUCUAGUGGGCGACUCAGAUUUAUUUUGUGCCAGUUAAAUCGAUCAGCACCAGAUUUAAAUUUAAACAAUGAUGGCAGACAUGCUUAUUUUAACAUAACAACAUUACAUGCUCCAUCCACUUCAUUUUAAAUUUAUUUUAACGAUUUAGCAAAUGACAUCAUAAUCCAGUUCAGACAAGGCGAACAUUAAAACAUUGCAAAUGAAGAGGAUAAAUAGAAACAUUGUUUAAAGGACCACUAUAGGGUGCCAGCUCCAGCUAGGGUUAACCCUUUUUUCUAUAAACAUAGCAGUUUCAGAGUAACUGCUAUGUUUAUGUUAGGGUUAAUCCAGCCUCUAGUGGCUGUCUCUUGACAGCCGCUAGAGGCGCUUGCGUGCUUCUCACUGUGAUUUUCACAGUGAGAAGACGCCAGCGUCCAUAGGAAAGCAUUACAAAUGCUUUCCUAUGAGACUGGCUGAAUGCGCGCGCAGUUCUUGCCGCGCAUGCGCAUUCAGCCAAAGAGGAGGAGGAGGAGAGCUCCCCGCCCGGCACUGGAGAAAGAGGUAAGUUUAACCCCUUCCUCUCCAUCCAGCCCGAGUGUGUUUUCCUGGCACUAUAGUGGUCCUUUAAUUUUUAAUUCUCUUCUUUGUAUGCUUUCUCUAUGCUGACUAACAGGUAUGCAGGACAAGGCUUAUAACAGGGAACCAAGAAGGCAUGCACACUUUAUCAAGUUAAAAAGCUGUUGAUUUUUACAUUUUAAUUUUUCACACCUCAUAAAUUCAUUGCUGUUUAGUAAAGGGGUCAGUAAGUAUAAUAUUAAAAAUCAUGUGAAGUGACAUUUCACGUUUUAAUGGUAUAGGGGUGGAGGGGGACACACAAAGAAGCAAAUCGCAAUAUAGAAGAUAGGUAGGCUUGUGUUUUCUGCAAUCUUGAAAAUGCUUUGAAAAUUGAAUAUCAGAUAUAACUUUCAAAAUAUCCUCAAUACAUUGAAAGACCUUUUUGUAAGACUAUAGUAAAGAAGCUGUCUUGCAUUUCUGACUGUUAGAAAUAGAGCUUAAUUUUCAGCUUAUUUUUUGUGCUGUAUGUUAUUUUACUUUUUCAAAUUUUUUUCUUCUUAGGGGACAUUGUCGGAUAUUACUAAAGUGACACGGCUUCAUGGGUUUGACCCAGUGUGGCUGGUUCUCGUGGUUGGUGUCGUCAUGUUCACGUUAGGUUUUGCUGGAUGUGUCGGUGCACUUAGAGAAAAUAUCUGCCUCCUGAAAUUCGUGAGUAAAUUAUACCUAUUGUAUUUAGAGUUAUCCAGACUAUCAUGUUUCAGUAUUAAAGAUUAACAAACAUUCAUUGUACGGCAUGCACUUAUCAGAAGUGCAAAGAUAUUCUGCAGUGUUAUACAAUUUACAGGGCUAGACUAAGACAUAAUAGAUCUAAUUAGACAGGACUGCCAGAUGGGUGUGGGACACAAUGAAUGCUUGCUGCUAGAGAAUGCUGUAAUCAUUCCAGACCUCAUGUGGCAUUAUAAUGGAAUCAUUUAGACCGUGAUGGGGCUAGGUCCUUGCUUAUAGUUUGUUGGGAUAUUGCUAGGUCAGGGCUAAACCAUAUUUACCCCGAUGCUGCUGCAAAAUAAAGGAGAGGUAGCUGAAAGUUUUCAAAUAAAAAAGGCAAAUAUUUUAGACCUUUUUGUUUUUUUGUAAAUCUUUAUUUAGAGAUGGCAAGUACAAUGAAAAUUGUAGCAUACACAGUCGUACAACGCUGAUUUUAGGCGGUGUUAAUAGCACCAGAAUAACCAUAAAGUGAUAAAGCAAAACUCAUGAGUACAAGCAGAACAAGUAUGAAAAACAACGAGCAUGAAUAUCAACAAGAUUGGCCAAUUAAAAAGGGAACAAUAAAGCCUUGGGAUAAUGAGGCAUAGGCUUUGCUCUUGACUUGUAGUCAGAACUUUUUUGGUGUUAAUAGUUUUUGUGUAGCUGCUUUGUCCAAAAGGAACUGUCAAUCCCUUAAUGAUGGAGCUCAGGCACCUCCAUUGAAGUAGACCGAAGGAGACUUUACAGAGGAUAACACAAGACACUCCUAGGAAUAAUUUUGUAUAGGGCGGUGCAUAGGGAACAAAAGUAGCAGCACUGAGGGGACAGAUCACUUAUAAGUGUAACAGUUAACCUAUGGCAAAAAAGUCAAAUGUUAACACAAAAUGUACAGUGAAAACACAGCAAGUAUUAACUUCCCUAAGCAGGCUGCUCUCCUUAAGACGUUUCUUGCCACGUCAUCUUUCCAGACUUGUAGGCACUUGGUAGAUAGGGAAUAUCAAAUUCAGUGUCUGGAAAUACUGUAGCCUGGAUCAGAUUGCAAUUUCGCCUCGCCGCAGACCUCUCUGCAGUUGCAAUGAUGGAAGUGCCAUGUGGUGUAAGAUUGAAGAAGACAUGUAUAUAGUAUGAUUCUGUAAAUAAAAUGCAUUCAAUUGGAAUAGAAUAAAAUGUAUGUUUCUAAAAGCACUUACGUGCAAAUGCUGCACAUAUAACUGGGCGUGAAUGCUUGUUUCGUCCGUUAUCAGUAAUCUCUUCAAAAUAUAUAGUGUCUUGAUUGAGUCAGAUUUAUCCAGUUUUAGUCUGUAAAAGUAUGAUGAUUUUUAGAAUGGUGAUUGAAAGGAUGCACUCCAUUGGUUUACAUAGCAGUCAUGUGACGGAAAGGAUGCUUUCCGUUUUGGUUACUACUUAAAACGCAAACUAGGAAUGACUAUUGGUUAAUAUAACAUUUAACCUAACCUAUUAAAUUGUAAGAGCCCUGAACACAUGUGGACUUGACAUGUUGAGUAUUUUGAGACCAAGAAAGUUUGUAUGUUGGUUAACAUGUUCUGUAAGGCAGGUUUUAAGCAUGUUCGGUUUUUUGGGGGGAUGGGGGGGGGGCGGUCCAGUUUUUUCUCUCCCUUGGCAGGAAAAGUGAUGUAUACUGUUUCCAUAUACAUGGAUUAAACAAUAUUUCAUUUUCUUUAACCUUUUCUCAGUUUUGUGGUGCAAUUGUCAUGAUCUUUUUCAUGGAACUAGCAGUAGCAGUCUUGGCAUUCCUCUUCCAAGACUGGGUGAGAGAUAAGGCCAAGGAAUUUUUUGAAAAUAACAUCAAAUCGUACCGGGAUGAUAUUGACCUGCAGAACCUCGUAGACUCCCUGCAGAAAGCGGUAAACUCCUUUUUUUGAUUUGUUUUGUUUUUAUAUGUGUGCAUCUGUUUAACCUUGUAAUAUCCAGGAUAAUUGAAAUAUGCCCCAACUAUAUAAACUAUGACUUAUAUAAGUGCUUAUGCUUGUCUCGCAGAAUCAUUGCUGUGGUGCUCAGGGCCCCAAUGACUGGGAUCUCAACCAAUACUUUAAUUGCACUGCUGACAAUCCUAGCCGGGAGAGGUGUGGAGUUCCAUUUUCCUGCUGUAUUGCUGACCCAGCUGUGAGUACGAUCUUUGUAUUUCGAUUUUGAUUCUCGAAAAAGAGGUGAAAAGGUUUGCCUAGAAACUUCUGAUGUGAGUUUUACUUUUCUGAAAAGUCCGUUUACUUUUUGGCUGCCGUCUCUGAUCCUCAGUAAGGCCACCGGCUAUCACAGUCUUGGAGUGUUAUCCUUCAGCACACAAGGUUAUUUACAGCAAAUGGAAAACAAAUGCACACACAAAGUUAAAGUACAUCUUUUUCAAAGGAUGAAACCUGCAUUAAACUGGGUUUAUAUAGAUGGUUUUAAAAGAAAAACAACAUUUCUGAAAGAGGUUCCUGAAGGCACUGAGUAAUCUGCUAUGAGUGUUGGAAACUAUAGUCCAUAAGAGGGCAUGGGAAAAUACAUGCAACGAAGUAAGAUGUUAGACGCAUAUAGAGUCCUAUAAAAUACCAGCAUUCAGAUGUAUUUCAAAGUCUCCUUUUUAAAAUAUAAGCACAAAACCUUUUGUUUAAUUAUACUAUAUUUUAGUAACACAUUAGUAUUGGAUAUUUUUGUGUGUGAAAAUAAUUCCUUAUUUCCUUUUACAGCAAACUGUUGUAAACACACAAUGUGGAUACGAUGCACGUAAGAAGGUAAUUUUUUUUUUUUCAUUUUAGUUUUUUUCAAUAUUUAAGAGCCUUGUUCUGAUAUAAAACUAAUAUACAUAUUUUUUUUUAAAUACAUUCUGUUCUCAUAGCAUGAUCUCUCUGAUCAAUGACAAGAUGGCACUAAUCAUUACAGAGGCAUUUCACACUAAAACUACUAGAGCUUUUUGUAAUUGUUAUAUUAUUAUAAAUCUGUGAGUGCCUUUUACCCUUUUGAUGUGGUUCAUAAAAAAAAAAAAAAGUCUCUAUAUCACACCUAUAGCCCAACCCCUCUACAGCUGCAUCGAAUAUGUGAAAUUUACACAACUGCAUUAUCAAUUGUGAAUCCACCCAGCCUUGGAUCUCAAUAAUAGACUGAGAGGUCUAGGCACAUCCUCAUCAAUUGCUUUCAGUCCAUCAUUAUCAUACAUGGGUGGGAGCUAGAAUGAAGUGAUAUGAGUGCAUAUAGUUGGCAAACACAUGGACUGACCAGCAUGUUUGUCAUCCGAAAUUAGUCAUUAGACAUUAUGAAUAGUACUUCAUAUCCUUCUGUUCCUAUUUAUAUGGAUGUGUAAACAUCCUGUCACCUUUAUAUCUUUUUUAUUAUUGUUAUUUUAUUAUUUAUAUAGCGCCAUCAGAUUCCAUAGCGCUGUACAUUUACCUUUCUGCUUUUAUCUUUGUGCUUUGAUUUUCCUAUUAUUCAUUUUGUGCUACGUUGGAGCUUUUUCCUAACACAUUUGCUUUUGUGGGUUUUUUUUUAAAAAUACUUAUUUUUGUGUUGAUAUGUUCUCAUUUAUCUUAUCUCCUCAAUUCCUCAUAUGCAUUUUCUUCCCCACCUGUAGUUUCUUUCCUUGUUUUACCAUCCUAACAUUAAUUCAUUAAUUCCCCUGCAUCCUUGUGUGUACACGGUCUCUCUGGUCUCCCUGCCAUCAGUGUUAUUUAUCUAAAAAAACAAAGUAGGAAGCAAUGAUGACCGUAAAUAAAUGAUGGGUAGUUGCCUUUCCUCAGGACCGGUACAAUAUACAAUAGAUUAACCAAAUAUAGCCAAUAUAGCUCAGGCACUCCCUCCCCAUACAUGCAUCUCCCAACCUCUGUAUGUAAAGAAACACUAUAUGUAAUGUCCCCUGCUAGGACCUGAAUAUGAUGUUUUUGCAAGUAUUUAUCCAAUUGCUGUUUAAACAUCUGUGUAGACUCUUAUAAAAUCACCUCUUCAGGCAAUGAAUUCCACAUCUUUAUAGUUCUUACUGUAAAGAACAUUUUCUUUUGCUAUCUUAUUAAAUAAGUCACUUUAGGUGUCUCAUCCAGAAGAAAGGGGAAAAAAAAAACCUAUAAAAUCUCAAGCAUUUCCUUUCCAUUUUACUGUGAAACAAGUUAUCGCAAAAGAGUGAAAAAUUCCUGACAAUAAACCACUAUUGUCUAAAACAGUCAUGUCCAAAGUCCGGCCAGUGUUCCGGUUUAAUACGACCCCACAGUUAAUUUGGUAAAUCUAUCUGUUGUGGCCCCCAGUGAAUCCUGGAGCGCCGCUCAGGACCCCUGGUAUCUCUGGAUCUUUGAACGCAGCGGUCAGGGAUUCACUGGGGGCCAAGAGAUCGCGAGAACACAGGCGGACGUGCAGUGGACAGAAUAAAGAGAUGAAAUGAAAAGUAUGCCGUUUGCAAUAUACUUUGCAUAAAAUAGUUAAUUUGCAUUUAAUUUUAACCCCUUAAGGACACAACUUCUGGAAUAAAAGGGAAUCGUGAUGGAAUAUUUCCGUCGUGUCCUUAAGAGGUUAAUGGUUCAAAGAAUGUCAGGCAAAAUGGUUGGCCCUCACGUAUGUUCACUUCAUCAAAUGUGGCCCUCUUUGAAAAAAAGUUUGGAUACCCCUGGUCUAAAAGAUUUAGAUGUGUAUUUCAACUAUCUGAAAAGGGACAAAAAUUGUCAAAAUUCCUUAAGUCAUUGUGGCUUUAGCUCAAGUUUAUUAUAAACCCACUAAUCCAACAAGGGAUUCUGUUAACCUAAAAGAUCCCAUGGCUAAAUGAAUUAAAACAUCGCUCUCCAGGUCUUAUUUCAUUGCAGCCUCAAGAGCAAAGCUUUUAUUGCUGCUUAAUCUGUGACUAGAGUUUGGUUACCAGAAUUAUAGGAUUCCUUUAAAAAGGAGUCUAAUGCUGAUCCAGUUAAAUUGAUUUAAAAAAAAAAAAAAAUUGUUAAGCUAAUGAUUUUAAUUUGCGAUGCCUUGUUGGAAGGUUAGCCUCAAUGUCUCUGGCGUGAUCAACUGUACCUCGCCUAGUAGUAUAGCUAAAAUCAUGAUCAGCAGAUUUGGCUUCUAGGGAUUCUCUCUGUAACUUUCCAUUUUGAAGAUCCACUAUUAUUCGGCAAAGCUUUGGAAAACCUUAUCAAACAGACAGAUUGCUGGAGGUAAGAAGACUCUCCCAGAAUAAAAGGGAAAUGGAAAAAUACCUUGUUUAUUCAUAGGUGACAGCUACAAGUCUUCUUUUUUUUGUUCAGCCUCGAUUUAGAUCGUACCAGCAGGAUUAUGGAGACAGAGGAACCAGAGACAAGCAGACCUGGUGUUGAGAAAAAAAAAAUUCUGACCCCGGCACAUCUGUUAGGGGCAACCACAAACAUCUUUCUAUAAGACUGGAUAAGAUCUUUCUCAGAUUCAUGGGUCAAGAAAACAAUUUCAAGAGUAUAGAGUUUUUAGACAUCUCUCUUACAAGAAUAUAUAUUUUUUUUCUAGAUGUAAAUGCAGACUUCCUUGAAGCAAAGCUUUACAAAGCAACUAUGAAACUCCUGUCAAAACUAGUCAUAGAUCCAGUUCCAGAAAGAGACUGGUGGUCAGAAACAUAAUGCAGGCUUUUUUGGUAAAAUAAAUUUGAAAAAAAAAAAGGCUCAGCAAGACCCAUCUUAUAUUUAAAAUUGGCAAUUGGUUAAUAAAGGCCUCUUCAGCAGAAGAACAAAAAAAUCUUCUGAAAAAGUAUAUUACCAUUCUAGAAAAACAUCUCAAUUAGGAAAAAAAAAAUCUCUAUCUUCCACAAAGAACAUCCAAUAGUUUAGGUCUUCUAACAGACACCGAUUGCUUGAAGUUAUUUCUUAGAAAGAAGAAUGAAGCUCCAGUAUGCAGUAUCUUUCCUUUUUAAAAAAAUUCUAGGAUUUCUAUUUUUAUGGCUAUGAAGAUCCAGGGAUACAUGACCGUAAUAAUUCUGUGGUUAAAUGGACAAAAACUAACUUAAAGGGACUCUCCAGUGCCCGUAAAAAAAGUUUUUCUGGCACUAGAGAAUCCUGGAGUGCCCCCAUCCCAUGUCACUGAAGGGGUUAAAAUCCCGUCAGCUACUUAACUGAAUCCAGCACUCCACCCACGCUCAGGGGAGACCUAAUGCACAUAAGCAGCAAUGGCCAUACGUGCGCAUUAGACCUCCUCAUAGGAAAGCAUUUUUUUUUUCUAUGGGGAGAAUUUGAUGCUGGAGGUCCAUGAGGAUGUCCAGUGUCAUAACUCCGACUAAACCUUGGUUUGGAUUCAAGAAGCCCUCUAGUCGCUGUCUGUUAGACAGCCACAGAGGACAGACUUAGAGCUGCAAUGUAAACAUAGCAGUUCACUGGAACUGAUUUGUUUUACAUUGCAGCAUUAAGUGCAAAAGGGUCACAACUUCAAGCAAGGUGUUGAAGAUGUUUGAAUUCACCGCAUGGAUUCUAAAUUAGAUAUACUGGCUGCAAAAUGCAUAGAUAAAUAUUUUUUUCCAUUUUACUACAGUCUGAAAAAUCUUCUACUAGAAGGAUUCAUCAAAGAAUUUAGAAGGUGUUUUCUGUAUGGUGCAAGUCAUACAAAGUUAACCUUCUCUCUGCACCUAUUCCUUCUAUUCUACAGUUCUUAAAUUCCGGCUUCACGAAAGGUCUCUAUCUAAAUUCCAUAAGUACAGAUAUCUGCCAUUAGUGCAUUAUCAGCACACAGUAGUGCUGAUAAUCUUUUUAAUAAUAAAAGAAAAUAAAUUUGUAAAUUCGAGGCACCAUCAUGGAAAUGUCCCAAUAAAAUAUUCCAUUCAAUUAAGUUUGUUCUCCUAUUACUUUUGUAUUUUUGACCUAGUGUUCCUUCAGUUAAGAACCUUAAUUAAGAAAUAGUACUUCCAUCAUAUGUACCAAUCUAAGAAAUCAUCUUGAUAAAAUACAAUUGCUUUGAAAUAUCCUGGUGCUUAAAAAAAUACAUUCAAUGAUUAAUGUCCUUUCUGUCAUCAGAACAUUUGUUUUUCUGUUUUCAAAGUCAAAAUAAAAGGAAGGAAGACUGCUUCCAGAUCUUGAUUUGGCAGGAGGGUAAAAAGCAAAAUUAGUAGUUUGUCUCAUGAAUUACCCAUGUUCCCUUGCUACACAGCCAGCAUCUCAGGGCUGCGGCCAUCUGUCCACCAGGUGCAGGCUGCAACUUCUGACCCUAAUCAUGUAUCCCAUGCAACACAAGACGCGAGGAAGAUUUGCAUGUUCGGAACAAGCAGCAGAACAGCUAGUGAGAAUGGCCAAGCAUACGGUUCCCUCCCCUGGCAACACCAAGCUCCCAUAUAUCCUCAGUAGUACAGAGGCUUUAUUGUUGUGUGUCAGAAGGGGCAUGACUACAGAUGAGCACCCUAUUUACGCACAGAAUGAAAGCUUUUUAUUGCUGAGUUGUUCUGUGCUGUUCAAAGUGAAAUCAAAGCUACUUUUUGACUUGCUUAUCUGGAUAUUUGACUUUUGGAUUGUCUAACCACAUCCGAAACUUUGCUGGACUCCCGAAACAUUGGACUUGUGUUGACCAUGCCUUUCCUUUGCCCCUCUCUGGAUUCUUUGCUUUGGACCUCAGUAAGAACUGCAAUUUGGUUUCAUACGUAAAGCCUGACUGCUCGCUCUACCUUCCCUUCUCUGCUUAUUCUGCAAAAGCUAUUUACAUAUCCUGGGCUGCCAGAUCCAAGCCAUUCCAGAAAAAAAAAAUGUUCUGCUGCAACAUGGAAUUAUUUGCAUACUUUAUCAAAACAUGACUAAACUUAUUAGAUCUCAUCAGUACCACUGGUACCAGUGCUUAUGGAAAAAUGAAAUCUUAUUCACCGUAAAUUAAUUUUCUAUAGUUUGAGAGUCGGUCCCUCCCUUAUUUUGUACUGCGUUCAUUUUUGGCAUACUUCUUGGUGUUGUAUAGGGUGGGAAGUGGCUUGUCUGUGUUUUGUUAGUCAAUUGUAUCACACUUUUCCAAUAGAUCAAAUAAGUUUAAAGUAUUAUGUGCUCAAUAAAAAUAUUUGGAAUGUUCAAUUUACUAGUUACUGAAAUGCUUCCUAUAUGUUUAUCCAGAGCAACAGAACCACUAACAUGGCUAUGUAGCUUUUCAUUUUAUUUAAUCUGUUAUUGCAAAAUUAUCUAGAAUUCCUCAGAGUGUAUGGUAUGUAGGUGUCUAAACAUGAGAACAGUUUAGACGUGUAUAUAUAUAUAUUUUUUUUUUUACAAGGGAUAGUCAGAAUUCAGCCGCAGACUGUCUUUUUCCAAUUAAACAAAGAUAAAAAGGUUAGCGCUAAUAAUAAAAAAUAUAAAUAAAGGCAGCAACCUUAUAGGGGGUCACCCUCUAACCCUCUAUAGUAUACACAAGGAAAAGCAAAAAAUAAGGCUGCGCCAGGAGAAUAGUAAAAGCAAGUCCAAAUUAAAAAAUGUUCUAAUAGAAGAGUCCCAGUAAUGGAUGAUGUCUUAACUUGUAUGAUGUCUUCUUUAACAAUGAUUGUCCGUCUCACGAUAUGGAAGACACAAUGAGAAAAAGCCAAUUGUGCAGAGUGUAUAGAUUUGUAAUUAUAAAAUAAAAUAUAAAUUACACACUCACAUUUCCAUGAGCUAGAACCAGCUCUAGUAUGAUGGGCACACGGCGGAUAACCCUCCGCUUAUGGGGGUGCUUGUCCUCUUGGAGAGUCCUGGUGUUCAAUUCUCAAGGAAGGAAAAAAAUAAAAACAGCCAAUAGUGCUCUCUGGUGAGGUAGUAAUUAAAAAGAAUAAAAAUAAAUAAAAUAUACUCACAAGUAGAGUGCAGGUAAAUCUGCACUCAAUUUUUCGCGUGGGUGGUAUGAUCCCCACCUUAGGAUAUGCCAGGAACAGUGUAUAAAAUUAGUAAUAAAAAUAGAUAAUAGAUGAUAAAUAUAAAAUUAUUUAUUAGUAUAAUAUGUUUAAGACCAAUAACGCGUUUCGCCAAAAGGCUUUAUCAAAUUGGGAUAGUAUAAGUACCUGGCACAUAAGGAGUUUAUAUAGCUAAUACAAACAUUUAAAAUUGGCGCCAAAAAAUGAACAGCCAAUCAGAGUAAUACAAAAUGUGAAUAGAAAGUAUACAUUCAAAAGUUAGAAAAUAAUAUACAAUAUUGAUAUAUAUAGACAUAAGAUAUUAUAUAUAUAAAAAUAAGAUAAAAACGAGCAUUAUUUAAUGUAAAAAGAAGUGUGGGAUAAGUAUUUCCACAUUCGUGCGUGUCACGUGACCCGCACUGCACUAUGGGAUGUGUAGUGCCAGGUCACGUGACCGCUGAUCUGCAUACAGUCCGUGCGGCCAGAGCUGGAGGAAACGGCACGCACAGGACACAGAUGCGGCAAGGCGGGUUUAGGCUCUGUCACGUGACCCGCGACGGCAUAUUACAGCGGGCCACGUGACUAGAGACAAAAUAAUGCUGGGAAGGCCACACUAAAAAGAUUUUUUUCAGCACAAACCUCAGAAACUAACCCUUCUCUUCCUUGCUCCUCUACAUCUAUUGAUCAAUCUUCUUUUAUCAAUACAAACCUUAAACCGAAAUCUACAUUUUACCCAUACCAUUUCAAAUCAGCCCCAUUGGUGAUGUUUGAGAAAUCUGUUCUGAAAGAUCUCAACAAAAUUAAAUUUAAUAAAUACGAUCCCCAAAAUUUAAACAUUUCAGAAAAAACAGCUAUUAAACAACUCCAAGAGGAUAAAGAUAUAGUGAUUAAACCGGCCGAUAAGGGUGGAGGUCUUGUUAUACAGUCUACUGAUAUGUACGUCAAAGAAGCUUACAAUCAACUAAAUGAUAUUGAUGUAUAUGAAAAAUUAAACAAAGAUCCUACCUCCAAUAUACAACAGAAACUAAUUACUUUUUUACAAAAAGGUUUAAACGAUAAUAUUUUGAAUAAAAAAGAAUUUGAUUAUUUAUUUGUUAAGAACCCUAAAAUUCCGGUUAUCUAUUUUUUACCUAAAAUACAUAAAGAUGCCAAACACCCCCCAGGGAGACCGAUAGUAUCUGGGAUAAACUCCCCUUUGUGCAACUUAUCUCAGUAUAUUGACAUCCUACUUCAACCGUCAGUUAAACGAAUGAGGUCCUAUCUAAAGGACUCUGUCAUUAUUGAGAUUUUUAAACGGAUUUGAAUGGAAGUCAGAUUUUAUACUUGUCUCUUGUGAUGUCACGUCCCUGUAUACUAUCAUUCCACACCAACUUGGAUAUAAUGCAGUCAAAACCAUUCUAUCCAAUGAAAAUAAUAUUCCAACUGCCCAAAUUGAUUUUAUUGUAGAUGGUAUUAAUAUUAUUUUAAACAAUAAUUAUUUUUGGUUUUAUGAUUCUUUUUAUCUCCAAAAAAGAGGGACAGCUAUGGGGACUAGGUUUGCUCCCAGCUAUGCCAACCUCUUUAUGGCGGAUUGGGAAACAUCCGCCAUUUGGGGACGGCAUGCCUGGGAGCAUAAUCUAGUCUCCUAUUUUAGAUACAUUGAUGACUUGUUUUUUAUAUGGAAGGGCCCAGAAGAUUGUCUGAAUACUUUUAUAUCACACCUCAAUUCUAAUAAUAGAGGCAUUACUCUGACUUGCGAAUAUAGUACUAACUCAAUUAAUUUUUUAGACUUAAAUAUUUUCCAAGAUGGCAAGAUACAUACAAAAACAUUUUUUAAGAAAGUAUGUACCAACACUGCAAUUGAUCAAACUAGCUGCCACUAUAAACCAUGGCUUGAAAGUGCUCCAAAAAGCCAAUUUUUAAGAAUACGGCGCAAUUGCUCUCAAAUAAAUGAUUUUAACGAACAAUCACUGCUUUUAAAAAAACAAUUAAUUGAAAAGAAUUAUUCCUGUACUCUUCUUGAUAAUACCAUAGACACAGUUAGAAACAAACCUAGAGAAAGCCUUUUAACAUACAAGAAUAAUUUAAAAACUCCCACUCUCCCUAUAAUUUUUAACUAUAAUAAUAAAAGUGGUUUUAUUAAAAAAACUAUUAAAAAACAUUGGCAUCUCUUAAGACAAGAUGAUCUGCUUAAAGAAAUUUUACCUGUACAGCCAAAAAUUGUUUUUAGAGGGGCACCGAAUUUUAGAUCCAUUUUAACUAACAAUUACACUAAAGCAACCAAAAAUACUCAUCAUACGUUUUUAGAUGGUGCAAAAGGCUUUUAUAAAUGUAAACGUUGCACCGUAUGUAAAAACACUGAUCUAACAACUAAAUCAAAAACUACUAAUUUCAAGUCCAACCAAACAAAUAAAAGUUAUACUAUAAGAGACUUCAUCGGUUGUAAUACUACCAAUGUUAUCUACCUAUUGGAAUGCCCUUGUGGCCUCCAAUAUGUGGGUAUGACCACCAGGUGUCUUAAGAUAAGACUAGCAGAACACUGUAGGAACAUUAGAAAUGGGUACCUAAACCACUCUGUAUCUAAGCACUUUAUUAACCACAACCAAGAUCCUAAAUUUCUCAAAUGCUUAGGAAUUCAGAAAUGCCAAGUGCCGUGGAGAGGUGGCAACAUAAAAAAUAUUCUUGGUAGAUCAGAGAUGGAAUGGGUAUAUAACUUACAAACCCUUACACCCCAAGGUCUUAAUGUGGAUUUUGAUUUAUUUAAUUUUUUAUAAUAACCUUUUAGCACUUUUAUAACUCUGUACCUUUAAAUUUUAACUUUUUAUUUUUAUGUACUGUUAUUAUUAUCAUUAUUAACAUGGAUUUAUUAUUGUAUGCUUUUUCAUUCAUCUUACAGCUUUUAGCUAUUAAUUUUAUUAAUUUGUAUUAAUUAGGUAAUUUAUAGUGUACAGAUUAUAUUGAUUCUAUAAAUAUUUUACUUAAUUUAAUUUAAUGUUCCAUCCAUAUAUAUAUCCAACUUCUAUAUUUUAUAAGCAUGCAAGCUAUUUUUCCUCUUAUUUGUUGCUGUUUUCGGCUUAAUAUGUAUGAACUACAUUUCCCAGCAUUAUUUUGUCUCUAGUCACGUGGCCCGCUGUAAUAUGCCGUCGCGGGUCACGUGACAGAGCCUAAACCCGCCUUGCCGCAUCUGUGUCCUGUGCGUGCCGUUUCCUCCAGCUCUGGCCGCACGGACUGUAUGCAGAUCAGCGGUCACGUGACCCGGCACUACACAUCCCAUAGUGCAGUGUGGGUCACGUGACACGCACGAAUGUGGAAAUACUUAUCCCACACUUCUUUUUACAUUAAAUAAUGCUCGUUUUUAUCUUAUUUUUAUAUAUAUAAUAUCUUAUGUCUAUAUAUAUCAAUAUUGUAUAUUAUUUUCUAACUUUUGAAUGUAUACUUUCUAUUCACAUUUUGUAUUACUCUGAUUGGCUGUUCAUUUUUUGGCGCCAAUUUUAAAUGUUUGUAUUAGCUAUAUAAACUCCUUAUGUGCCAGGUACUUAUACUAUCCCAAUUUGAUAAAGCCUUUUGGCGAAACGCGUUAUUGGUCUUAAACAUAUUAUACUAAUAAAUAAUUUUAUAUUUAUCAUCUAUUAUCUAUUUUUAUUACUAAUUUUAUACACUGUUCCUGGCAUAUCCUAAGGUGGGGAUCAUACCACCCACGCGAAAAAUUGAGUGCAGAUUUACCUGCACUCUACUUGUGAGUAUAUUUUAUUUAUUUUUAUUCUUUUUAAUUACUACCUCACCAGAGAGCACUAUUGGCUGUUUUUAUUUUUUUCCUUCCUUGAGAAUUGAACACCAGGACUCUCCAAGAGGACAAGCACCCCCAUAAGCGGAGGGUUAUCCGCCGUGUGCCCAUCAUACUAGAGCUGGUUCUAGCUCAUGGAAAUGUGAGUGUGUAAUUUAUAUUUUAUUUUAUAAUUACAAAUCUAUACACUCUGCACAAUUGGCUUUUUCUCAUUGUGUCUUCCAUAUCGUGAGACGGACAAUCAUUGUUAAAGAAGACAUCAUACAAGUUAAGACAUCAUCCAUUACUGGGACUCUUCUAUUAGAACAUUUUUUAAUUUGGACUUGCUUUUACUAUUCUCCUGGCGCAGCCUUAUUUUUUGCUUUUCCUUUUUCCAAUUAACCCUAUCAUAUAUUCAUGGAAUAAAAAGUGCUGGUGUACAAAUUAAUGGUUUUAUUUUUAUUUGUUCUAGCCAACUGCUGACAAAGGUGUAACAUAUACGAAAGGCUGCAUUUCUGCGCUAGAAGCAUGGUUGCCUCGGAAUAUAUAUAUCGUGGCAGGAGUAUUUCUGGUUAUUUCUAUUUUACAGGUAAGAUAUAUGUUACUUCUUGUCCAACUGUUACUCUUCCUUUUUGUUUGUGUGUGUGUAUCUCUCUCUGCUAAAUCAUUUAGUAAAUACUUAUUAUUUUAAAUAGUGGUUGUUGAUCUGAGCUUCACUACUUAAAAUAAUAAUUCAACAAUUAAUGGAACACAUAAGGUGUUAAUAAGCCUAAUAACGCACCAUGAGGGGAAAAAAGUAAAAAUAAACCUCUGCAAUGUCCGUGUUGCUUUUGAAUAAAGUUACUAAUCUUUAGCUCAAACUUGUUUCCCCUUUCUAAUUCCUAUAAGGGAGGUGAGGCAUUUAGAGGAAAAGUACUUUUUCUGUCUGUGUACAUUUCUCAGAAAUCUCUGGUACUAAUAUCUAAUAAUAAUGCAUGUAAAAUCCUUCUUUAAAUGGCAUUUCAUUGUUUAUUGAAAAUUAAAUACAUAAAUACUGGUCGUUUGUACUAACGAGCUGGUGUUUGCUAGGUUCCGUUUGAGACCUUAGGGGACACAGGGAUGUUUUCUCAAGCAUACUCACCGAUGCUUCUAUGUAAAGCUAUGCGUUAGAUGUGGUUAUCUGAAGCAAUAGUUUUACAGAAGCGCUUUUAAUUAUGGGUGCACUUUUAGAGUAAGCAUAAUUUCUUAUUAAUAGAAGCUGAAAGAAGACUCAAGUCCAUCAAGUUAAGCUAUGCAUCGGUUUCCACUUCAAGGACCACUAUAGUGCCAGGAAAACAUACUCGUUUUCCUGGCACUAUAGUGCCCUGAGGGUGCCCCCACCCUCAGGGUCCCCCUCCCGGCCCGGCUCGGGAAAGGGGUUAAAACUUACCUUUUUCCAGCGCUGGGCGGGGAGCUCUCUGCCUCCUCUCCUCCUCCGUUCCUCCUCCUGGGCUGAAUGCGCACGCGCGGCAAGAGCUGCGUGCGCAUUCAGCCCGUCGCAUAGGAAAGCAUUUACAAUGUUUUCCUAUGGACGCUUGCGUGCUCUCACUGUGAUUUUCACAGUGAGAAGCACGCAAGCGCCUCUAAUGGCUGUCAAUGAGACAGCCACUAGAGGAUUAGGGGGAAGGCUUAACCCAUUAAUAAACAUAGCAGUUUCUCUGAAACUGCUAUGUUUAUAAAAAAAAUGGGUUAACCCUAGCUGGACCUGGCACCCAGACCACUUCAUUAAGCUGAAGUGGUCUGGGUGCCUAGAGUGGUCCUUUAAGGCAUUGACCCAAAAGAAGGCCAAAACAAAUUUGAAGCCAUUUUUAUUGUGCUACAAUAUGGGUAUGGGGGUAAUCCCACUUGACCACAAAUUAAAUUUUUCUUUGGAUCAAUGUGGUACAGUCCUGUUAAUGAACAGGUUUCUAGGGAGCAUUUUGUACUGGCCCAGUACAUAUAUGUAGCAUGUUACCAUAUCUCCCCCCCCCCCUUUUUUUUUGUGUGUAAAGGAUUCAAAUUCACAGCUUUUCUUUAUAGCUGUAUUCUUCUCUGUUUUGUAGCUCACCUCUGCACUUUUUCAAGUUUUUAGCUAAUUUUCUUAAUAGGUGCCUAAAUUUACACCACAAACUAAUGUUGAGAUCUAACCAUUAAUUUAAGCCAUUGAAGCAUUCUCGCAUGAGACCUUUGAAGUGGAAGAAGAUCUACAUCUCUUUAAUCUGCUUCUCUUAAACAGAAGCAGUGUCCAUAAUCUGAGACAAGUUAUCCUGCAACAAGUUAAGGAAAGAAUGCAUAUCCUUCUGGAUAGACUUUUCCAACUUACUGAGAUGCGAGAGUUACAGUAUUUAUUUUUUAAACUGUUUGGAAGUGAAGUUGCGCAAUCAGCACAGGUCAAAUGCUUUGAAUUACAAGUGUCUUUAAGCAUAGUAACAGGAGGUGGAAGUCUUUUGGGUUCUUUUUUCUGGAGAGACAGGGCUAGACAAUUGUGUGAAAUAAAUUAAUUAUAAUGUUCACCAACCAGAAUGUAGUCGUCUUGCAGUCAGACAGAUCUCACAGCUUUAAAUGACUUGCAAUUCAGAUUUGGCACCAUAAUGUGGAGUUUAUUUUGAUAAUGCACAAUUGGAACACUGUGGAAUGCAUAUGCCACCUGGGUGUGCAUUCUACAGAGCCUUAGCAUUGAUUGAGGACCUCCUGGUACCCUCUCUAUUUCAACAAAUACACCUCUAGUGUGUGUCUGAAUGCCUAAAAGGCAUGAUCCUGUAACUCCUUCCAGCAUGAUGCUGUUCGCCACUUAGCUCUCCACCCAGGGAGCUUUCAGGCUGACUAACAGCCCCCUAUUAUAUAUUAACCAGUGCCUAUUCCACCAUCACUCCUGGAAGCACUACUAUCUCUGAGGACAUUGAAGAUAUGAGGAGGUGGGACAUGCUAACUCUCAACUUUAUUUUGUAAGAAGCUACCUGUCCAGUACUUAGUACAUCCAUCCUGUACCGCCAUUAUAACCGGAGGAACAUACAAUUUAUAGAAAACACACUCUGUAAUAAAGAAAGUUUAAAAAUUAGAUUUCUCUGUAUUGGAAGUGUAAAGGGAGGCUGUGUGAGUCACAGCCAGUGGAGUUGUGGAUAGGGCUGCAUAAACAUUAAGACUGCAGUGACAUGAUCUAUACAUCAAAGUUUUUGCCAAAGACUACAUUAGGCUUUGAUGUGUAUUUAUAAUGUAUACUUUGUUAUUCCAAACAGAUUUUUGGCAUUUACCUUGCCCGAACAUUGAUGUCAGACAUAGACGCUGUAAAGAGUGGCUACCGUUUCUAAGGACGUUUCUAUGGACGUUCCUCUACUGAAGCCUUUGGAGAGGACCAUAUAACUAUAUGUCUUAUAUUUCCACUUAUUGUUCCCCACUGGAAAUUCUGAGCCUUUGCCAUUUUAGAUUGGCAACCUUACUAUGUAGGAUUGGAAGCACAGGAGAAUUAUCAUCUUCUGAUAUGAAACACAUCACGAACAUCUUCCUCCCUAUGGAAUCUACAAAUUCUUUACUUGGCUUCUUUUUGUUUCUUCUCCAGUUUAGACAUGGAAGACCUUGUUCUGUUAGUGAAUUGACAUUUUCAUCCUGUAGGCGGUUUUGAAAUUGCCUUUUAUUUCCUUGGACCACGUGAAGGGCUGUGCCCUAGUGUAUUUUGGACUCUGAUAUAAUAUAUCUUAAAUAUGUAACUCUUAAAAGUUGAGUUUCACAUAAAGUAUUCAAAUAUUUUAAUGACUAAUAUCUCACACAUCUAGUUCCUACUUUUUUUUACUUACCCUCUUUUAUUUUCUAUUGACUCACUAGAUCAGUAGUUCUUACACUUUUUUGGGGGGCUCUGGGAUCCAACUUAUCUCAUGACUUGGCAGUCCAUUCUAAAAUUGACUAGUUAGCUCAUUGAUAGAUCUUUGUUUGCAAUGUGGUUAAUAUUAAACAGAAUUUUUUUCCCCAAUGCAUCAAUUUAGGUUUAAUGUUUACACCCUACUUACCUUUCUCCUAUUGUUUCCUCUUCUCUUCCUCUCUCAGAAUCUGUUCUUCUUUUUAUUUUCUGAUCUAGUUUUCUUUAAAACAUAAGGCAAAGUAGGGAAUACUUUGUAUUGUGUAUUUUUCCCAUGCUUGCCUUUCUUUGACCAAAGGAGGAGCUUAAGUUAGUUCCAUUUCCCAUCUCUAAAACACUUUUCCCACAAUACUCGCCCUCCUCCUUGACACAGGAAAUGGAACUGACUUAAGCUCCUCCUUUGGUCAAAGAAAGUCAAGUAUAGGAAAAUUGCAAAAGACAGUCCCUACUUUGUCUUAUGUUUUAAAGAAAACUAGAUCAAAUAUAUAUAUAAAAAAAAAAUGGAUUCUGAGAGAGGAAGAGAAGCAGAAAAAAUAGGAGAAAGGUAAAUGUGGUGCGAUAGUGCCGCUUUAAAUUAGACUAAUUCCUGCAUCAAAUCAGUCUCCUUAACUCUAGGCAAAGCAGUGAGCAGUUACCAGAGGACUGAUUCAUAAUGCAAAAAGCUUCUUCAUGGUGGUAAAGACCCACUAAAUGACAUGGAGACCCUAUUAGUGGGACCUAGGGGUUCACAACAACUGGACUAGAUAGUCUGUUCUUGCAAGAGCUACUUUCCUCAAAUGUGGGCAUCAAAGAUAUUACAUGUUUUGGAACGUCAAAAAUGGUUCAUUAAGCAGCAUAUGUAGACUGCAAUUUAGUCUUCACCGGUGCUGUAAUUUCAAAAUGUAUUUUUCUAUUGGCCUUCUAACAUGCAUCCAAUCUUAACUGCCUUAGUCUACCAACUAUAGACCUUUUUAUUAUUUUAUUCUAAAAAAGGAACCAUUAUAAUUAGACACUUAAUAAAAGUGUUUCUGUGUAGCACUUUUUUUUUCUUCUUUUUUUUUUUAAAUGUAUUAAUCUUUACCUUUCAAGAAACAUAUAUAUAUAUAGAACCAGCCAGUGAGGUAAGGAACAUAAGUCUCUCUGGAGUUAGUGGAGUGGGGAACAGCGGCACCUGGAAGACACCCGUAAAAAAAACCCCCAAAAAAACAUUCAAACCAACAAUUUGGCUACUUACAGUGAGGGACACCAGGCCAUUCCUGGCACCAUAACCAUUACAUCAAUCUGUGUUCCUUUAAUCUUGGCAUGUUAGUAAUUUUAGGUAAAGGUAACGCUUAGUGAAAAUUGGAAGUCAGACUAUGAAAUACAUUUUAUUCCAAUGGAAGACCUCAUUGUCCCUAGGUUACAUAGGUAGGCUUUGAGAACAUGUGUAUCAAAGAAAUCCUAAACUCAUACAUGCCCACAUCAGUAGUCACAUUCACAGGUUUAGCUCGUACACUGGAUAUAGUAAAUCGGCUUUAUAUGUAGAAGUGAUUUCAGAUAGUAUUUUAAUGAAUUUACCCCAGAAUGAGGACUACCAUGUCUCAGAACGGUCUGCCACUGGGUUCAUAAUUUAAAGAGUGUAAUGCUUGCCAGACCAACAAAUAAAUUGCUGAGUUAAGAUUUUUUUUUUCAUUAAUUCUUUUUAGGGAAAUGCUUUUUUAUCAUACAUUCUUAUGGUGACUCCUUGUGGUUAUUCUAAUUACUAUAGAUUCUGUAUUAAGACUUAUAAUAUGAAAUUGUAUAUUACGUUUAAAAAAAAGUAAAGUUUUCCAUUUUGUACUAAGAUAGUGUGUUUUCUAGUGAGUUUGUAUAGUUUUUUUGUAUUUUUCAUGUUUAAACAGUGCAUAUGCAGGUUCUUUAAAAAAAAAAAAAAUGUGCAUCUAUGUAGUGUGUUUACAUUUCUUCUGACUAUGUAUUGUUGUAGUGUUCGAUCAUAGCAAUGGUGCUGCUGGCUUUAAGCAUGUUCUGUGCAAUUACCAGUGUCCCAAUGUUUUCAUACAGUGUCAUUUUACAUUUCAAUGUGUUAAACAGUGGUGUAACUCAAUACCCAAAAGGGAUUUUAUUUUCAUACUGCAUAUAGGCCUUAAAGUACUAUGUAUACGUUGUGCUAGCAAAGUUGCUAGCGAUUGUAUGGCUCAAGAAGUAAAAAAAAUAACUUCGUACUGAACCCUUGCAUCGUCAUGUACCAUUGUCAUGUACAGAUGUGAUUUGUUAUAUAUAUUCUGCCACGUGGUGAUGCCGAGCCAUUAUUUUUCACAACCUCAUUUUCUUUUUAAUUUACACAAGUUUGCCUGUAAUUCAGCUUUUUAUGCUGUUUGUUAAAUGAAAUUGUUAGUGAUUUUGUAAUUGGUGCACCUGUUGAACAAGUGCUCUAUGCCAUUAAUGUUAUUUCAACGUUUAUUCCUGAGCAUAUAAAUUGAGGAGAUAUCCUAUUUGGAAUGGAUAUUAAAGUAAAUGUUAUCUUCAUGUAAAUUAAUAUGGCCUUCACACUGAGUGGUGUUAUUUUACAACACACACACACACUCUUAUUAUUUUGAAAGGUUACUUAAACAGUGGAAUUUCUUGGUAAAUACACUUAACAUGUGUUAAAUAAAGACACCCAUAGUGUAUAUGUAAUAUGUUGUUCCUGCUAAAAAAAACAAAAAACUGUAAUACCCUUAAGAAGAUUUACAAAAUAAAACAUGCAAUUAUUUUUAAAAAAUA